AUGCCAUAUUAUUCGAGUGUAAAGAACGAACUUUGCAUUAUUGGCCAGCUGGUUAUGCGUGGAACAAGAAUAGUGAUACCACAAGCUCUUAGAAAUGAAGUGUUGCGUUUAGCACAUGAAGGGCACCAGGGCAUAGUGAAGAUGAAAAACAGAUUAAGGAGUAAAGUUUGGUGGCCUAAAAUGGACGGUGAUGCAGAACGCAUAUGCAAGAGAUGCCAUGGCUGUCAAGUGGUUGGAGAUUUUAGAGCACCUGAACCGAUGCAACGUACCGAACCUCCAUCCGGACCGUGGCAAGAUGUAGCUAUCGAUCUACUAGGACCAUUGCCUUCGGGAGAAAACUUAUUAGUAAUCGUUGAUUACUACAGUCGCUUCUUUGAAGUGGUUAUUAUGAAGUCAACCACAACACAAAAAGUGAUAGAAGUGUUAACACCGAUUUUUGCGCGAUACGGUUAUCCAUUUACUCUUAAGUCCGACAACGGAGCUCAAUUCGUAUCGGAGGAAUUUGAGGAUUUCCUAACUGAAAGUGGAAUCCAACACCGUAAGUCUCCACCUCUUUGGCCUCAAGCCAAUGGGGAAGUAGAGCGUCAGAACAGAACUCUAUUAAAAUCGCUGAAGGUAGCUCAUGUGGAAAAUAAGAAGUGGAAGGAUGAACUUAACAAGUUCCUGUUGGCAUAUCGAACCACUCCUCACAGCAGUACAGGAGUAUCUCCUGCGUUCAUGAUGUUUGGAAGAGAACUCAAGACUAAACUUCCCGAGUUACGUCCUGAUAAAAACAUUUUGGAUGAAAGCAUUAGAGAUCGUGACUGGAAUAAAAAGGUGGCAGGAAAAGAGUAUGCUGACAAACAUCGACAAGCCAACCAGAAUCCAAUUAACCCAGGUGAUAAGGUCCUUCUUAAAAAUUCCAAAACAUCUGGAAAACUGGAUCCAAAGUUUGAAACCAAACCAUACAUUGUUCAAACUAAAGAAGGACAGGAACUAACUGUCAAGUCGGACGAAGGUGUAGUGUACAGGCGAAACAAUUCAUUUGUGAAACCCUAUCAAGAACCAGGAGUGCAAGAAACCGUUACGGAGUCUGAAAGAUCUGAAGAUACAGCUGUAUCACCUACGAACGAAGGUAAUCCUGUUGCAGUGCCGAUAAGCAGACCAUCCCGAGUGAGAAAAUUACCAGACAAGUUCAAGGAUUUUGUGUUGAACACUGUAAGAUAACUUUAGAUUUUUAUAUAGUAUAAGUAUAUAACUGAACUUCGUGCGAGUAUAAAACUUCAUUAAUUUCGAACAGUUGAUAACAUAUAAAAGUACUUUAAAGUUCAUAUUUCGUAUUUACAGAUGGUAGGUUUUGUUUGUACAAAGGAAGGGAAUGUAGUGUUUACUAUAUUGUUGUAACAUGAAGUAUGAGAAAGAUUAGGAAUCCAAGAUGGCGUUUUAGUAAAUAUACGUGUUCAGUAAAUUGUUUAUGUUUAAUCGAGUUCAAUCUGUUGUUUUAUUGGGAUACAUACUACAUUAAUCGAGUGUCAAUUUUUGCUAUUGAAAUGUGUAAAUAAAUCAUUACCAUAUUCUGCAUGUGUGUUCAUAAAUAUCUUCAUAUUUUUAAAAGAUAUGAGUACGAAAUACAGUAGCGUACCAGUGAUUUAUAACAUGCGCUUCAUCCACUGCGAUAGCUUUAACCCGGUUCUUGUACAUCGAAGAACCUGCCAUCGUUCUCCACUUGUUAUUGUUUAGCCAAGAUUCUGGAGAUCCAAAUACAACAUUAAAUUCGCCAUUAAGGACACGUUCUUCUUGUUCUGGCACAAUUUCAUUCAACAAUAUAGAAGGUUUAAAAAUGUUGGAAGCGAAACCAGGAUUCAUAAUUAAUUGUGUAAACGUUCUCUGGUUAAAAAAAAAGAUUUAUUUAUUAACAAGCUUUCGACUGCCAGUCUGCAGUCUUCGACGGGUAGAUUUAUACCCGUCGAAGACUGCAGACUGGCAGUCGAAAGCUUGUUAAUAAAUAAAUCUUUUUUUUAACCAGAGAACGUUUACACAAUUAAUAUAGAAGGUAUACUGCAUGAAUUCAAGCGUGCAACCUGAUCUUUCAUUAGACUUCUUAUAAGUGGUGAGACUACAACAACGAUAGGAUUUUCAUUCUCAAAGACCACUGGAAUGGCCUGAUAUAUUACAGAUUUGCCGUAUCCCAUUGGAAGAUUGACAAAAAUGUCACUCCCUUUCUCUAAAAUAUGUGCAAUCGCCUCAAUUUGGAAUUUAUUCAAUCCUUGAAAACGAAAAACCUUACAAACUUUUUCAAACACAGCCUCCAUAUCGCUUUUAAUUAAUAUAUUAUUGUGAUAAUCAGAUGUGAUAUAAUUUGUCUGUCCGUCCCGCAAUGCCGUAUAAUUGCCACGUAAAUGUCCCACGGGCUAUCGUACCAUUUUCUGUAGGCAAUUUCUGAUUGGUGAAAUAGAAUUCUCUCUCGGGUUCGCAGACUGUGUUUCGUCUCGGGGGAGGGAAACAGGCUACAACAACGGUGACUUUGGCAUCUGUGUGUAAGAUAACAUUUGAACCAUUCACAAACAUGGCAGGAAAAACCUAUCGACUUCAAUUUCAGCAGUAAAUGACUGUGGUUCACCAUGUCAAAAGCCUUUGACAAAUCCAAAAAAGCCACACCCGUUAAUUGACCAGCAUCCAUUUUUUUUUUAAAUAGUAUCUGUAAAUAUUGCAAGAGCACCAGCUGUAGAUAACUUUUCGCGAAAAACAAAUUGGUUUGGUGUGAGCAGCUUAUUUGUGAUCAGGAAGUCAUAAAAUUGAGUGUGUACGGCCUUCUCAAGGAUCUUACUGAGUGUAAGCAGCACAGUAAUUGGACGAUAGUUAUUAGCAUCUAGACGACUUCCACUUUUAAACAAUGCAGUCACUCUACCCAUUUUCCAAAUAUUUAUUAGAUAAUUACUGAGGCCAACGACAUUAUUGGAUAUAUUGCAGCCAGCUGAGGCCGAAAAUUAUAAUUACUAACCUGAAUCAAAAGUAAUCAUUCUCGGCUGGAAAAUACGUUGCUGCUUGUCGGGACCGUAUGACAAUGAACCUAUCCAACGUUACACUAGACAUUUGUGAGGACAUGCAUGUAAUGCAUCAUGAUAGAGCAGAUUUCAGUUUAAUUAAUUACCCUAAAUUAAAAUCUCCACAAGCGGAGGUCAAUUAUAUUAUAGUGUUCUAAUUAUCAUUAAUGAUAAGGUUAAUUCAAAUAGGGUAUUAAACUGGGUAAACACGGGAAUAGAACUUAUGGUGUGUUCUGCACAUGCGUAUAUCUAGGAUAAAAUCCCACAAGCGCAAACAAAACUAUUUCUCUAUAAAUUUGAGCUGAAAGGACUGACAGUGACCGUUUUUGGCAAUGCUUCAGGCAUCCGAUGAUAUUAUAUGAGGGGCCUUUAGCGCUGCCAUCUUCUCGUCUUGAGAUGUUGCGUGUACUUGUCAGGAUGACGAAUGUGCAUUAUUGCGAAUGUCUUUGUGCACUGAUGAUGCAUGCUGCAUUAUUUUUAAUAAUGCUGUGUGCAGGCUGCAUUAUUUUUAAUAAUUCUGUGUGCACGCUGCAUUAUUUUUAAUAAUGCUGUGUGCUAUUUUAGCCGUAUAAACAUUUACCCCUGGGAAUUUCCUUACAAUCAAAAAAGACUGCUCCCUUUUUCAGAAGAAUGUUAAAACUUCUCGACAAUCGCUGAUAUAAUGCAGAGAGAAAACAAUAGGUUUUAAUGAGGGUUAGUAAUAAAUUUGGAAAUACUGCUGAGUGAAGUGAGCGAUUGUAUAGGCAGGUCAGAGGUUUACAAAUUACAACAGAUACAUCUUUGAUUAAUCUAUGCCUAUUAUGGCGAUUCUCGUGGUCGGAAAGUGUUCGGCCAACUUCGGAUGCCAAAUUCUUGGUAAAGCAUUACAGUUUUCUGGCAAAAGACUGCAGAAAUCACUUCCGGAGUCUUUUUUACCCUAGAUACGGAUUUUGAUUGGCUUAGGCAGAAAAACAAACCUUUUAGAGCAAUUUUCCUGAUUAUCGCGCAUAAGCGUUGUAAUGUAUUGCAUUUGUGUUGAAAUAAUCCUUCCAUACUGAAAUUGACAAAUAUAAAUGGUAUUUCUUUAUAUUGUUAACGAAAAUUUAUGGUGUUUUAGGCAUAAAAACUCUGAUUCCUAGGCAAAGUAAAAUGAGCCUUGAGCACAUGUUUGGUUGUUUGUUACAUACAUAAUAGACCAAGUAUUCGUACUUUAAAGGGACCAUUCAUUAUUUAUGACCGGGGGUGGGCUGGCAAAAUUCAAUUAACAACUGAACAAAAUGUCCUGCCCCACCCCCUGCAUCACAAAAAUAUUCAAUGACCCCCCUUCACAUGAAUUCUAAAAAAUAGUAACCCCCCCCACAAGUAAAAAAAUAAAUAGAGUGCACUGGGGUGCAAUGGGUUAACUAGAGACAUUGUCAGAUUUUUUGGUUAACCCAUUAAGCUGCAGAGCACCGAAGAGGCUGAAGCUGGGGGUCAUACCAGUUUUUCGCUACUAAGAGUGUAGUAAAAAGUUGCUCAAAAAGGAAAAAAGGGUAAUUUAUAAAGGGUAAUACAGUGCUGUAGGAGCUCUUUUUGAUUGGGGAGCUGAAAGCGAGGGCCAAAGGCCCAAGGAAAUUUUAAAUUUAGAGUCUUUGAAAUGCCAUUUCCUGGACUUUUAGGGAAGAUUUGACAGAAUUGUGAUGGUCAGAAAACAGCAUUUUAGUAUGUCAAAAUUUACAAUUUAGUAGAACUAAAUGGGCGAAGGUGUAUUUAAUUAACCAUAUAUUGGAUAAGUUGCAGGAAAGUAUGAGAAAUAUCUUCGUUCUUUGCAGUUUCUCAUGGAUAAUGUAGCCGCUUAAAAUUAAUCAAUUGUCAGUAUUUUAAAGAUAUAUUAUUUAAAUGAUAAGGUCUGCAUGGUUUUGGAAAAAGAAUCAUUAUUAGCAAGCUGCGGCCCUGGAUUAGGAGUAGGGUUAGGGUACUACGUCAAUUAACUACAAAGACCGCUAAACAGCUAGUGACUCGGACAUUUGACUUGGGCUCGGUCUUGACAUGGUAAACCGACAAACUCCUUACUAAAUUAAACCAUGUAUAAAAUACGUAGUAUAAACUAGUGUAUAUAGUAUAUGCCAAACUUUCCCUGGACGUAAUGUUGCCACAUCGCUUACUCGUUAAUUAUCUUUUUUUAUUAAAAUGCACAUAAUUGAAAUAUGACAAAAAUUUAUGGCAAGUUCAUGGCAAAAGUUAUAAGGUAGAUGUUCGAUUGUUUUUCAUAUCGGCUGUACGCAUUGCAUUUUAGGUAUUUGUGCAUUGCAUUUUGUGUCUAUCUGUUGAUUGAAGUUGAGAAUUUUGCUAGCUAUACAUGCAUGAAUUCAAUUUGCUGCCUUGCUCGCUCCCUGUGGUAGCAAUAAUUGUUACAUGUCAAAUUUUUCUCCACUAUAAUAAAUAACUGGACCCCCCUUUUGAACCAAUAUUUUUAGGUGGCCCCCCUUUUUCGGUCAAAAAUACCUCAUGACCCACCCCCCUUUUUUUGCCAGCCCACCCCCAGUCAUAAAUAAUGAAUGGUCCCUUAUGUCUUACUAGCCCAGGCCCAGCCACUAGAACCCAAGGUUUUGAAAGCUCCCUGUCUAGCACCCCCACUAGGCCCCAAGGUUUUGAAAGCUCCCUGUCUAGCACCCCCACUAGGGCCCCAUAGUACAUCACCCCCAUAUACUAAUAAAGAAGGGUCUUGGAGUCCACCAACCUUGAGGACAUUGAGAGGUUGAUUGCCUUUUUAGUAUAUGCAGGUUUGGUAAAGGUCAACAGUGAGAUUGAAAACUAUUGGAUUGUAAAAACCUUAUCAUGGUCUGUGGGCAAUAGAAAUAAUUUCUCGGUUUAGGUACAAAGCGCUUAUGGUGUUUGUGAAUAUGGUAGAUCCCGUCACUGAAAACUACAGCAAUAAACUGCAUCAACAACUGUAUAAGCCAUCACAGAAUAUUGAGGUUGACAAACACACUGUCAAAUCAAGGAAUAUGUUGGGGUUUAGGCAGUUCAUGAAAGAUGGCCUACUAUGUGGGGGAUAAAUCUGUGGGUUGCUGCAGACAGUCCUAAUGGUUAUAUUGCGACUUUGAGAAUUUUACAGGAAGAAGUCCAGAGAUUCAUAGCAGCAUGGGAUUUGGGUAUGACAUGGUGAUGUGAUAUAAGUUUGGUCACAGUCUUAGGUCUUUUGUUGUCCAAUAUAUAUUUUGUGCAAAAAAAGGAAAUAUUUUCAGCACAUAAUCCAAUUAUGUGCCUUGGCAAACAUUAGUACCUUGGAAAACAUUACUUUUUUAUUACUACUAAUGAUGAAUGCCAGCCCAACAACACUUGUUCAUGCUAUGCAAAUAUUCAAUCAUGUUCUAGAUUGUGAUAACAAUCAGUUUCUAAAGAAAUUAGUAAUGAUUAUUUAAAAUUUGAAUAGCAUGACCAAAAUUUCAGGCUGGUUAUGCCACUGAUAACUAAGUCAAUGGUGUACUGAUUAUCUAAGAAUGUAUAUAGUAACUGUAGAAAUAAAGACAUUUUGCAAAUAGUAAUUUGAGUGUUCUUUUGUGGGUAUCACAGACUUACUUUGGUACCAUAGUUUUGGCUCUUAUAAUAAUUUCAAGUGGCGCCAUGUAAAUUAUGUCUAUAAAAAUGUUUUUAUUUGAAAACCUGUGUUUUCAACCAGCUACCAAGCAUGCUGUCUGUUUCGACUGCUUUCAUCAAUAGACAUGAGCAGCUCAAAACUGAAAAGAAAGAGAAUAAAACUUGAGUGUCUGGAGUGUCAUAAGGUUUUUUAUGAUGAUUACUGCAAAUAUUCAAUAAACCGUUUUAUAUUCAAUAAUUACCGAAAUAUUUAAUAUCUUCACUAUAAAAUUCAAUAACCCACAUUAAAUAUUCAAUACAACAUCCAAAAUAUUCAGUAAAUUACAAGUUAUUAAAUGCAGCGAAAAAAGUAUUCAAUAAAACAAUCCUCAAAAAAUAUUCAAUAGCUUUUGACCAGCGGUAUACUGCCAAAAAAAUAACAUCCACCACUGGCAGUUUAAUACAUUCCCGUAGUUUUUCCAUCUUUAUAACGGCGAACAUCUUGCGACUAAAUAUUUAUAAAGCGACAUGUUCUAGUUCGGUUUCUUUUUCGGUUUUAUAUAAGUAUUUUAAUCAUACUUUUCAUUUGGAAAUAAAGUAGAUACUUAUAUGUAUAAACAAUGAUUAGCCCUAUUCACAUUACAGACAGACAAGUUGUCUAGAUGAACAAAUCAUUUCUCAAAAAUCGUCUUCACAGACGGACAAGUAGUUGAACAAAUUCAGACGACUUGUUUGUCUAAAAUUUUGUCCGACACGUUUUCACAUCUGAUGAUUUAUCCGACUAAAAGACGAUUUUGAGACAUUUGUUCGUCCAGACGACUUGCCCAUUUUCUAAUGUGAAAACAGCUAUUAAACACUGCAUGUAAGCUUUUUGACUUACAAUUAUUAAUGCAGUUUGCUAUAUUACAGUAAUACUUUUAUAACUUAGUACAUACAAAGACGAGUCUGACUCGUAUAUGCUGACUUUGAACCAGGAUAUUGUUAUUGAUUGUUUGUGAUGUUUUUCCUUCAUGGGCAAUUGUAUAAAUUUACAUUUUUAAUUCAUGCCAUGGAUAGAAGAUCUGAAAUACGCAGAAUAUUGGAGGAAAUUAUCUCUGAAGACUCCGAAAGGAAUAGAGACAUAAAAAUGGUUUAUUGUAUAUUUUAAGAGUGUAUUGAAUAUAAAAUGUGUGUAUUGAAUUUUGCUACAAUCCAGCAACGAUACUGGAGUGAUGGGAUGAAGAGGACUCUGGCCGACAUAAAGUAUCUCUGUACCGUGAAGAUUAAUUUUGGUUGUGUCAAACCCCCACUGUUAGAUAUAGCCAUUGAGAAUGUUUGAGUGGAUGAGCUACAUCUUAUGCUGAGAAACACAGGUAACAAAAUAGUGUUUUCUCAACUUGUAAUCAUGUUGAACUAUAGAUGGAUUUUGGAGGUUGAGUCCAUCAAUGAAACUGUUAACAUCCUCUACAAAUUAGGCAAGACUUUCAUAUUUUCAUCACCCAUUAAGGCAGUAUAGUCUCCCUGUCAGGAGUAAAAUUGGAAGGCAUUAGAAUGUAAAAUGAACAGGGGGGGGGGGCUUGAGGCAUGUUAGGGCAUUUGAUUAAAGAAAAUUUGAUUGUAGUUCCUCAAUGACUUAUCCCCACCUUGCAAUGUCUACAUACCUUUUCCAGACCUGCCCUUGCAUAUAAUACAUACUAAACAGGAUUCUCUUCCUAAUGUAUUUUUGCAGAUGUACUUUGAGAGGAACAUAAUUUUAAAUACAGUGUGCUGGGAUCUCACAGAUGACAAAAACAAACAGUCCAAUGAGAUCAAAGGAAUACACUUACAGGCACUGGUUAAAGCGAUCAACAAAUGUGGCAUUCCAUUCACAGUGUGGCAAAAGCUUGAUUGGUCAGGAAAGAAGACAAGUGGGUAUGACUGGUGAAGCUUGGUUGGUCAGGAAAAGAAACAACCUCUACCACGAUUGCCAGAAAAGUUUGAUGAGGUGUUGAGACCGGAAAUAUGCAAUACAAGGAAACAAAUUUGGCAGGUGUGUCCUUGAUUUCUCAACUUCUAAGUUCAGUUACUGCAUUUAUGUGUUAUUGCAGAUGAAUAUAUAUUCGCUAUUUGCUACUAGUGAUACUAAUAACUGUAUUGUCUUUUUGUAUCAAAAGGGGUUUCAAGAACUGUGACCCAUCCAAGCAACAGCAAGAUGGAUAUUUAGACAAGUACUGUACAUGCAGAUUAUCAGGUACGUAAUCAGUUAGACCAGUACAUAAAUAGGUUUAUCAGCUUUAGAGAAGGUAUAUACUCUACAGUAAUUGCUAAUCUUGUUAAAGUCUAACACAAAGUUUAUCUUUUUCAUUUCAUAUGUGAAGGUGUGUGAGUGGGUAAAGCUCUUCCUUACAUUGAAAGAUAAAGAGGAAGGGUACUAAUAAAAUCAUCAUCACUACUUGUAUCCACCUUCUUGUCUACCAUGUGCCAAAGUUACUUGGUGGUGAUUGCAGUGUUAAGAUAUUUACUGGGCAAGGGGUAGAGAAAACCAACGACGUUGUUUGUGGCAUUUACCACAACAAAUGCAACAAGCACAAUGCUUGUGAAGACUGCCUUUUGGCACUCAAACGAUUAGAUAACCUGUCAGAUCAAGAAAGAAAGCCCAAAAGUUACAACAAACGUAAUAGCGAGUACUGGCAGACAAGGAAGCGUCCACAGGUCUGUAGACAAUUAGGUACAUAACUAUAUAGGCAUGGAGUAUAAUUAACAAUUAGACAACGAGGCCGAGUUGUCUAUGUGCGAAUAGUCAACGAGGCAAAGCCGAGUUGACUAUUUGCUCAUAGACAACGAGGCCGAGUUGUCUAAUUGUUUUAGUAUAAACUUUAACAUUAAUUUACAAUUAGGCUGCAAACACAAUACAAAAAUACACAAAAAAACAUUAUAAAACCAUUAAAGGUAAACAAAUAUUUUAGUUUUUGUUCGCGUAAAAUGUUUUACAAAAUUCAGUUUUAAUUUUAAAAUUUCAUCGAGUGUUUCAUUGAGCUUUUUUCGUUUUUUUUUAGUACAGAAUUGUUCAACAAGUCAUCCAAAAAAUCGUCAGACACUUCGGCAAAAGUGCAACGCGAAUUUCCCACCAUUUUAAAUUUUCUAUUAGUAGGCUAUCACUAAUAGCCUACUAGUAGCGUAACCAAUCAGAAGCCACGAUAUGUGAUAGCCUACUAGUAGGUUAAUACUAAUACAGGAUAUUGUAUUUUAGAUAUGAAGACUGUCUCCUAAUUACACUCUAGUUGAGGGAAAAUAUAAAUUUGUGUGAAGUUACAUACCCAGUUCAAGGCUCAAUUUACUUUGCCUAGGAAUCAGGGUUUUUUACUUUUUUAUGCCUAAAAUACCAUAAAUUUUCAUGAACAAUAUGAUAAAUACCAUUUAUAUUUGUCAAAUUCGGUGUGGAAGGAUUAAUUCAACACAAAAAAUGCGAUAUGAGGACAUACUAGGACAUACUAGUGACACUGCUAAAUGCAUAUGAUUUACAAUGUCAUGGCAACAGCAAAACAUUGAAACAGAAUGUCUAAAAAUGAUCAAAAUACUUGCCUUGAAACUCCAGACACAACUCCCAAUGGAGGUUAAGAUACUUUUCUUUGUUCAAAGACAUUCCAUCUUCACUAGCACUAUCAGUUUGCAAAAUAAAGUCAAGAAACGUCUUGACAAUUGAGAAAUGCCAUUCUUACAAUGCGACAAUACAUAUACAAUGCUCGUGCACAAUCUUUGAGAUCAGGAAAAUUGCCAUAAAAGGUUUGUUUUUCUGCCUAAGCCAAUCAAAAUCUGUAUCUAGGGUAAACAAACACUCCGAAAGUGAUUUCCGCAGUCUUUUACCAGUAAAGUGUAAUGCUUACCAAGAAUUUGGCGUCCAAAGUUGGCCGAACACUUUCCGAGCACAAGAUGCGCACAAUUUCCCGAUACAGCUGCGAGCUAUAGAAUGCAAGAUGGCGAUUCUUUUAGUAUAUUUGUCUUUAAUAAGUUCUUUAAUAAGUUCUUUGUUUAAUUCACACACUCUUUUUAUACACAAGAGUGUCGUGAUCUGUUGGCUCACAUCAUUUGAAAUUUAAUUAAAUGGCACAUCAACCACAUCAUUUCAAACGUAGUGAAGUGAUUCCAAUUAACGCGCGCGCAUCCAAGACAAGAGAAAUUAAUUUUGCACAUUAAAGAGAGCACGCCACGUACUAUCUAGUGGCUUUCCCUCCUGAUCUAUAGUAUUGUGCUUCUCGAUUUCAAUUGACUCUCUCAUUUUGCGAGAGAACUUAUGACUAUCAAUUGCCAAAAUGGUUGCUUCGUCCCAUUUUAUACGAUGGUCGUAAGUCCAAGUAUGUUUAGCCACAGCAGAUUUAUCUUGCUCGGCUUUCUCACAAUUCGUCUUGUGUUCCUUAAGACGUAUUUUCGACCAGUUUCACCAAUGUAAACCAGACCUUGUGAAUGUGGUUUCAAUUGAGCAAGAAACAAUAAAAUUAUAGGAAUAUUUCAGAAUAUAUAAUAUCGUUUAAGCGGAAUAUUUUGGUUGUAUUUUCCUAUUUCUACUGCAAAUACUUGCAGAGUUCUUUAAUAUUUAAUCUUCCCAUCAUAUACAUUGGAAAUCAAUAUUGGCGGAUUGAAUUGAGUUAAGUGACCUUAGACAUUCAAUGGAUUUCCAUUUUAGAAACUUCACACAAAGUGUUGAUUUACAAUCAUUAAGUGCAUCAAAAUUAAACAAAUGAGUAACUAUUCAGCAGCAGAAAGCUGUCUUUUAAAACAUGGUGUUUUGCAGCCUAGACCUAGGCCUUCUAGUUUUAUUUAUAUUUUUUUAAUAUUCAGCGCUUUUUCACAUGAAAAGACUGGGACUAGGUGAUUUGGGGGUGGGGCGGAUGGAGCAAGCCUAGAAAGCCUAGGUUUCGCUACACCUUGUCAACAUAUAUAAAUAGUGUUGCUUCAAACUUUAUGAUAAAAAACCCGAUUUUCUAGACGUGUAUACAAAUAAAAAUAGUAAGUUUAUACUGUAAAUGAGUUUAUUUUACCUGCAUCAAAUUCGCUGUUAAGUUGCAAAUAAUUCUGUUUGAGAACGCAACAAUUAGGCAUUUCACAAUCAGGGCAGUUUCAGGGCAGUUUUGGCCUUGUUGUUGGGAAAUCCACUGGGCCUUCUAUUUUUUCGCUUCCGUCAGGCUUGUGUCCUUCCUCCGCCCCGCCCCCAAAUCACCUAGUCCCAGUCUUUUCAUGUGAAAAAGCGCUGAAUAUUAAAAAUAUAUAAAUAAAAAUAGAAGGCCUAGGUCUAGGCUGGGUGUUUUGGUGAUGUAAAAUGUCACGACCUCAAAUAAAUAGAUUGGUGCCUUUACCAGAACACCAGAAUGAUUUAAAAUGAAAUGUUUUCUUGCCUUCUUUAGGUGCAGUUUAGCCCUUAUUGGAAACUCAACUUCAUGACCUUCACAAUUCUUGUCAAGGAAAUAGUACCAGGAAGUGGGAAGACUAUAAACCUUGAAAAAUCUUCCUUAUCCAGCAUAAUAGCUCCAGGAAUCUCUGAUGGAUAGGCUUUGUCAUUGAAUAUGUAUCUGAACACAUAAUGGUCACAAUUGCACGUCAUCAUUGGAUCCACAGAUUUUGACUUUAAUUUUAAUUUUACACCAUUUAUAAAUUCAGCCCUAGCCUUGUUCAGUCGUUCAGUUGCAACUUCAGGACUGUCAUAGAGUGUUCUGAAAGAAGUUAGAGCAGCAAACAGAUGAAUUAACAAUUGCAUGUGUUAUUUUAUAAAGGGUUUAUGGUCCCAUUUAAAUAACUCACCUUAUUAAAAACUCUGGAAUAUUUUCCUCAGGUUCCCAAGUACACUUCUCCAUAUCAAAAUCACUCCAUUUUAUAAGAUAUUCUUUAUUCUAGCGAGACAGAGUUUACAGAUAUAUAUUAUUUUCUACUUAUUCUAUAUGUACUAGACAAAACAUGAGCAGCCAAUCUGUAUCUGCAUGAUAUACAAACUCGAGCCGAAUUAUUGUCCUUAAAAAAUGACCCAUCUUAUGAGUUCAUUGGCAAGGUAAUUUUAAAAAUAAACAUUGUCUAACCGAGAAAAUCAAAGCUGAAGUUUAUGUAAAUCAGGAAAAACCUUUAUCUGAUUUACAAACAUUGAUUAAACAUUCAUUUCAUUUGUAUUUUCCUCGUGAAUUAUUAAUGAACUUUUUUAAAUUUUAUAAAAUUUACAAUUUUAGUUAGAGUUUAUGUUUAUUCUAAAGUUUGUAGAAUAACUUACAUUAUACAACUUCAUAUUCCAGUGUUAUUUAUUACAAACAUUCAUACCUGAACUCUUCCCGGACAGGAAAUAAUUUGUUCAACAUUAAAAACCUUGUAAAUAUUCCCGUUUAGGAUCUUUUUCUUCAAAUUUCAAAUGAUCAUUGCUUGUCAAAUAUUGUUUAAAAUCCUUUGGUUUGGCUUUUCUGUUGCGAAUACUCCUUGUCGGCGUUAUUGCGGUCGUUUUGACUUGAUUCCAGUAAUCUCUACUGCACAUGCACAUUAAAAAUUUGCUGACCAAAAGAUAUAUAUGUGUGUGGAUGCAAAUGUUGCAUCUUUCUAUUUUCUGGCUAUGUAAACGUUUUCAGCAACUCAUACACUAUUUAACAAUUAUUUGCUGAAGGCGAGUUGAUCAUUGGGGAAUAUUCACCAAGAUGAAGUUGAGUUUGGGACUGAAUUUAUUUUAAUUUUGCUUGUUUGUUUUAAUGUUUAUCAGUAAAUGACCCACCUCCAUUUUGCAAAUUUCGUUUUUGUUAUAUUCACUAGCCCAUGUGCAGGCCCACAAAGAGAAGAAUAGUGGGCCUGCAAGCAGGGGCGGAUCUAGCUUAAAAUGUGACCGUAUCAUAUUCCUAGGUCUCGCAUAACUAGGGGGGUCCGGGGGCAUGCCCCCCCGUAAAUUUUUUGAAAUUUGAACCCCGGAAAUGCCAUUUCCUGCGUUCUGAGCCCAUGAUUCUGGCCUAAAAUUUGGCCUUAACAAGGUCAUAUUUUAAACACAAAGUAACAGAAAAACACGCAAUAACUCUUCUUGGUAUCAGUGUUCAAGUUUCUGUUUCAUGAAACGUAGCCGGGGGCGUUUUGACAUAGAAAAGUCGGCUUUCGCGACUGAGUACAUUUAAUAUUCUCGGCCGCUCCCUAUUUAAAUUAAUAACAUAUUGCACGCGCAAUAGUCGCAAUGCCGCAAUAUGACUUUACAAAUUAAUAUCUUUGGUUAGGCGAAUGCUAUGAAAACAAAAAUACUGCCGUUCGGUUCAUUGAAAGAAUAUCUCCUAAUUCCUAACGAUAGUUUUAGUCAAUAUAGCGAUUUAUGAACUAUAAGAUGUCAAGCAAUAUCAUAUUAUUUCACUAUAUUACUCAAUUUUCUCGAACAAUGUAUACUAAACCAGCCAUACCUUUCGCCGAACAUAACUUCGGCCCCUUCGGACAUAUCCUUUUCGUAAUAGUCUUGUUCUAAUUGGCAUCCAAUACACUAUUUAUAAAGUGUUAUUUCAAGGACGACUUCUGACAUUAUGUAAGGCCAUCACUCACUCAGUUACGUUAGAAGAAAUGCGGCUGUUUAAUAGCAAUAUGAGACGAAGUUUCCGAGCGGUCCACGAUUAUUUCAUUUCUUGCGCAAUCAAAAUAUAGCCACAGUAUCAGAGGGUAUCCGACGUCAUAGAUACACGUGCUGUGAUUGGCUGGAUACCCUCCAAGGUAUCCAAAUACCUCAUUAAGUUACUAUUUUUAGUAACAUUUGAACCGCGGACCGUAUCAGAACACUGCAGACGCAUUUAAAAACAUUUUCCCGAUCGGGUUACGUAACCUCGGGUUAUGCCUUCGGAAAGCUCUCGGCUCAUCUUCGUCGAAAGUAAUUUAAUGCUUUAAAAACACGUCUAAUGUUACAUUUAGAGCUGUGAAUUUUAAAAUUUACGAAAGAAUUUGCCCUCGUUCAUCUUAGUAAACUCAAAUUUUCACUAUUUCACUGCGUGAAAAUAUAUUAAUAUUGAAUUUUUCCCCAAAACUAUUUUAGUAUGCAUAAUCGGAAAAAUCUGACCGUAUCUUGAGCUACACUCGAUACCCCCUGGAUCCGCCCCUGCCUGCAAGGAAGCUGGAUGUUUUGUAAAAUGCCCCUUUUCAUAACACACACUAUUCACACAUCAAUUGUCAGAAAAUAACCAAUGAUAGCAAGCCAAAUAGUAAACAAACUCGCAUUAAAAUGUUGCAGGGUUUUCUCUGCCUAUUUAGAGUAGAAACAAUGUGUAAAUGGCUAUGUUUAACUAAAAAAAAAGCAAGCAACCAGUCAGCUUCAAAUAAUUGCCAAAUUUGAAAGUGUGCUCAUUUUUAGCUAAAUUCGGAACAGGCAAAUUAGGACAAAUAUCAACAGAAAACCUGUCUCAAACAUGAAAUCAUGAGGGACGUUGUGCAACCACAUUGGCAUUAAUGUGUGCUUCUAUCGCCAUUGCUAUAAAUAUACUGUCUCACUUAUCAGAUUGUGUGUGUAAUUCUUGUUGGCGGAAAGUACAAAAUAUAGUUCAGUUACUUAGUUUGGUAAAGAACUCAACAAAAGAAAAGAGCGUUCAGAGUCAUUUCAAACCGCAAUGUUUCGCCCUCUCAGAGAAGCCCAGCAAAUCACAAAGUGUUUCGAAUAGCCUUACAUGCAACUGCCUCUAAAUCUUCACCAUGGGAAGUGCUGUUUUCUUCAGUGCAAGAACUGAGUCAAUAUCAAUCAAAAGAUAAUGUUCUUGAGGAGUAUAGACGUAUCAAAUCUGUUUGAAAUUAAUGAAACUCAAGUAAAGGUUACAAAACUUUACCCCAGUGGUAAUGUUGCUAUUAGUUGACCUGCACCUAAGGACAAAAGCGGACUUAUAGCUUCAUUAAUAUCAUUAUCAAGACACCAGCAAUCUAAGCAUAAGCAAAAUCGCUGACUCCUACUGGUUGCCGCCUUUGAAUUUGCAUGCUUAGGCAAAAUAAUUGGUUGUUAUUGUUUGUGACUGAACAAGACCAAAUCCUGAAUAAAUUGAAUGUCUAUGCAUACAUGCAUGUCUUUUGUGAGUCAUACAUGUUAAAGCAGGUCUUUGAAACUUAUUGCUCAAUCAAAUGUAGUGAACAGUUUUACUCCGCAAAUGCGCAAAUAUUUCUCAUGGCAAGAUUCGAAGAGAAGAUGGGUUCCUCAGAUAUAUAUAAAACGAAGUGUGACUGAAUGACUUAAUUAGUUUAUUAGUUUAUGUUUUGCAGACCUCGAUCGAUCAGUAAUCAGGUCACAACAGAAUUCAUACAUAUCGUAAAUCUGCAAUAUUCUUUACAUGAAUUGGGCAUUGUACAAUGAAGUGGAAAUAUUUCAUUUAUGAACUAAUCAUUUGCAUUUAAUAAUUGCUCUACUGGCUACAAUACUGCCAUUAGAUUGCAUAGUUAGUAUGAACAACUUACUGUGGACAUCGCACAACAAACAAUGAGGUGUUGACAUAUUACUUUCUGUUUGGUUGCAAAAGCACAUAAUUAACCAUUAUGUAGUCGCUCAUACGACCAUGACAGGCUACCAAUGUCAGGGCCGUAGCGAGGGGGGUGGUUAACCCUCCCAGCUUUUUUAGAAUUAACAUAUUCGGAAAAUUGGGUUGGCCAUUCGGAAAAUUAUGGCAAUAAUAGUAUAACAAAAUUUUAGUUGUUAAACAGAGGAAAUAUAAUAUAAUUGUAUUGUCAGUAUAAACUGAUUUACGAAAUCAUGGCAUUUACAUGGAUAACAUUUAACAAAUCAUCAAUCAGUAAAUGUUUUUGGUUUAUUACUUCUGAGGGUCGUAGCAACUGGGGGGGGGCUGCAGUAUCUGCUAAUAAUCAUUCUUUUUUCAAAAUCAUGCAGACCUUUAUCAUUUAACUAAUGUACCUUUAAAAUACUGACAAUUUAUUAUUUUAAGAGGCUACAUUAUCCAUGACAAAAUGCAAAGAAUCAUAUUACCCGUAUUUUCCUGCAACUUCUCCAAUAUAGAUAGUUAAUUAAAUACACCUUCGCCCAUUUAGUAGUACUAAAUUGUAAGCAAAUUGUAAAUUUUGACAUAUCAAAAGCGCUGUUUUCCAACCAUCAGAAUUGUGUCAAAACUUCCCCAAAGUCCAGGAAAUGGCAUUUCAGAUACUCUAAAUUUAAACAUUUCCUCAGGCCUUCAGCCCUCAUUUUCAGCCCCCCAAUCAAAACGAGUUUCCUACGGCACUGCAUGCUUCUGUAAUAUGUCUGUGCAUAAAAUAUGUGUAUUUUUUGUUUGUAAAUUGCAUCUUCAUUUUCCGGAUAGCAAACACCUUCAUAUGCUAUGAAAUAUUGGGAAAUUUUUUUUGUCAUUUGGAAAUGUUUGGCCUACACCCUAUACAUGCUAUAAUCCUGGCCAAAAUUAUUGUGGACACUACGUGCAUCAAAUAAAAGUAGAUGUAUUUCUAUAGAAUUAACCCCAUAAAUUCCUCCAAUUCAAUGUUGGUAAAUGAAAAUUUUAAAAUUUAAAUGCAAGAAACAACAUUGAAUAGGGAGCAGGGGGGCGACAAAUUUCAUGAAAGAAUGUCGCAAUGUUAAUAUUGGCGUUAGAAAAGUUAGGUGUCCACAUAAUUUUUGCCAGGAUUGUCUGAAAAUAACCUAAAAAAAAUGGGGGUUGACAAAACGUGCACCCCCUUCUGGACCCCUUUCUGGAUGCCUUUCUGGACCCCUUUCUGGAUCCCAUUUUGGACCCCUUUCUGGACCUGCAAUUAAGAAAACAUUGCAUAGGCAGCUGUAAGCAGUCCGUCCCCAACCCACAUUGGUUGAGAUGGCUUCAGCAGUGACCCAUAAUUCGGCCACAAGACAUGGCUUAUUCGCAAUAAAUUGGAAGCCAAUAUUUGUUUAGACGCCUCUGGAAUGGUAGACCAGACAGGUUCCCAUGAGUUCCCAACUUUCACCCACGCAUAUGCGGAUGGACAUGGAUUCGUUUGUUGAAAUAACAUGGAUGUUGUCCAGAUGCCAGCCUGGUAUACUGCCCUCCUAGUGUGCUGGAGUAGUGUAUUCUGAGUAGGUGGUAUCUUGUCAACAGCUUGGCUUUUCUGGCUAAACAGCUCCAUCCGGGCACUGUUAACAUUCAUGGCGUUACUUGUUUAAUUUGUCGUAAUCUACGACAACUAGUCUCUCGGUUCUUUGAAAUGAUUCAGAAUGUAAGUCAAGAUGCUCAAAUGGAUGUGCGGAAUGAUUUCUUCCUUUUCCCUCUAAAUGCUGAUGUAGUAUCACAACCUGACAAGGAGUGGAAAACGGGCAGGGAACGUGAUUUACGUUCACCAAUAUGGGCACAAAUGGUGCUGAUGCUGUAAUGAGUGUAGUUCUUUCCAGUUCCAAAAGCUAUUCAGAAUUCAAGAUCAGCAUUUAUCUGAGAGAGGUCAUGAAACACACCGGUAAGAACAACGACGACGUCUGUGUCCACAGUUCGCACCUGGAUGGAUUUUGCUCCAUUCUCCAAAGCAUGCCUCACAUGAACCACAAUCCUAGUGUCUGCUUUUACCUGAUUGCAGCUGGACAUUUCGAUCUGCAUUCCAGCAUAUGUAAUAUGCUCUCCAGCUGUGAUAUACCGAACGCUCAGGAGGGACGCUGCAGUCUGCAACUUUUCAUGACAGGAAUUCAAAAAGUUCCUUCUUGUUGAUUGGAUCACAGAGGAAGUCAUUCCAGUUGCCCGGCAGCUUGGUGUCACCUGGUACUUUUCUACGCACACCUUUUUCUCAUUUCUCCCUGGUUCCCUCCUUCAGGCUAUCUGGCCGGUAUUUGUCCCACACAAUGUCCACUUGCUUUGUGUCAAGCAGCUGGGUUAUAAACACGUUGUCAGCAUAUUCCUGGAAUGUUGAGACGUUUAUUACAGGCAAUGCAUGUACUGUGACCACACCAUCCAGAACUUUGCAGUCAUAUAAUACAGGUACCUGAGUGCCUCUGUCUGGUCUGGUUCCGCGAUACAUUGUAACAGAUGAUAUUUGGUACCAGACAGAUUCGUGUGCAAAGAAUUGACUGAUGUCUCCAUCUCUAUUUUGUAAGGUAUAACUGUAUAACUGGCUGAAGAGUGCCACAUUGUUCUCAAGCACCUUUACUUUCUUGCAAUCCUUCGAUCUGACUUUCAGCUUUGUUGAGAACAGGGGUAGUGAAUUCUUUGAGAUUGUAUGAUGUAUGGAGUGACUCCGAUCCAUGAGCAUGGUCUUCACAUACUCUUGAUACUUCUUUGUGCCUGUGUCUUUGAGUGUACAGAUUGUAUUCACUACUGCCUCAUUUGCGCAGUUACGACUAUCAAGAGUUACCAACUCUGGGAAGUCAUGCAGGAAGGGAUUUCCCAUCUUGCGUAUUGUGUUAGAUAGGCUAUCAACCUGUCGCUGGAAGGUUUUCUGUGCUGCAAGCCCCUGUUCAUGGUGUUCGAAGUUAGCUGGGUUUUGCGGAUCAUCGUCAUGAAGAUAUCCAUUCAGUCUCAGAAGUCUGGCAAGCUCGGGUCCAGCGGUCAUCCAGCAUCUGAAGGAAACUGGAUUCUUAGUUAGUCCUACUACACCACCAGAUGCUUUCACCACUUUAUUCUCCUGCUCAUGCGCUUGGUCGAUUGGGAUCACAGAGUAUCUGUGUAACGACUUUGCGAUUGUGCAGUGAUUCCGAGUUUCAUCUUUGAUCUCUUGUGGCAGUGCCUUCAUGUCUCUGAUGUGUACAGGCAGCCACCGAGAAUAGUUCAUGUGGUCUAACACAUAGAACUAUGGUACGAGUGCCUCUAAUACAGUAACAUGCAAUGGGAAGUUUCUCUCCCUAUGGGCUCUAACAAAUAUGAGAAUCAGAAUCUCACAGUGUGCGAUCAUGUUCCAGAACUUGAACGUGGGAAAUUUCUUACACAUUUGUUCCAGCCAGUUGCUCAAACUCUCAUCAACAUUAGAUCUCUGGUUGAAUGCUUCAUUCAGUAGCCUCUGAAGAACAAGAACAGUGACCUUGUGGGCAUGCCAAGUCCUGGUAAUGUGUGAUACUUUCAGCAAUGAAUCAACUGUUCCAGAUGAAGCAACUUCAGAUUCAGCAAGAGCUGUUGUCCAAACUGAGCCAUCUAAUAAAUCGCCAACAGUGUUCCGUAGCGCCUUCUCAAUGUGCAGUCUGCCCAUCAUAACUACAUAGACUUUCUCGCCAUAGAGAUCUGGGCAUUUCCAAUGUACGUACUUUGCGAGCGUGACUGAACCAUUUCCUACUCCUUGUCAGGAUGUGAUACUACAUCAGCGUUUAGAUGGAAAGGGAAGAAACCGUUCUGGCAGGCAUGGAAUGCUUAUGAGGAAGUUACUGAUGCCUUUGUUUAUCUUGCCACACAUCCGUUUGAGCAUCUUGACUUACAUUCUGAAUCAUUUCAAAGAAUCGAGAGACUAGUUGUCGUAGUUCAUGACAAAUUAAACAAGUAACGCCAUGAAUGUUAACAGUGCCCGGAUGGAGCUGUUCAGCCAGAAAAGCCAAGCUGUUGACAAGAUACCACCUACUCAGAAUGCACUACUCCAGCACACUAGGAGGGCAGUAUACCAGGCUGGCAUCUGGACAACAUCCAUGUUAUCUCAACAAAUGAAUCCAUGUCCAACCGCAUAUGCGUGGGUGAAAGUUGGGAACUCAUGGGAACCUGUCUGGUCUACCAUUCCAGAGGCGUCUAAAGCGUGCAGAGAAUUCGUGAAAUGUGGCUGCAAAAGGGCCUGUACAGUCUGCAAAUGCAGCAAGGCAAAUCUCCCUUGCACAUCUCUUUGUCGGUGCACAUGUUCAUCUAAAUAGGAUACAUCGACUGUGAACUGUCUGGUAGAGAUACAUUGUAUUGAAACAUUGUGGAUAUAAUUCCUGAAUACUACCAGUGUGUACUUAACAUGUAGGCUGAUAUGUAGCUAUAGAAGUCACAAGAACCAUUCAAAAUCAGGCCAAGUAAGCCUUUUUCGGACAUUAUCUUUGUUCAUUUCCAAUUUUCACACCACAUAUACGAAAUUUCCUUUUUUUGCCGGCCAUUUUGAAAUUUGGCCGCCAUCUUGGAAACUGGUGGCCUGUGCAACAUUCCAUGACAAGCAUCUGUUUCAUUGACCCCGGAAACCCCUGAAUUGACACCUCAUUUGUUCAUUUAUGAUUUUUACAGUCAGAUAUAUGACAUUUCCUUUUUUCUGGUGGCCACCUUGGAUUUUGGCCACCAUCUUGGAAAAUCGGAACCAAUCAAGUGGGUUCCAUGGAUAAAAUCAAUAGAUAGGUCGAAAAGAAACUCCAUGCCAAAUUUGGUGCUUUUGCCCGGCCAGUAACGUUAAAUUUGUUAAGCCACCUGACUAUUAAUUUAUGUGAAAAAUGCCAAAACAUAUAAGAAAGAUGGCAGGAAAUUUAAAUGCCAAAAAAGAAAACAAACAAUUUGCUAGUUUGAAAGUGUAAAACUAACCGAAGACGACAUUCCUGGGGCUUCUUUGGAAAACCAGGACCAGAAACAGCUUACUGUGAAGCAAUUAAAAUUCUGGUUGUCUUUUCGGGGAGCAUGUAUGUCCGGAAAAAAGAUGAGGUGUUGCAAGAGUCUAAAACUACAACAAAAUACCUGAACUGCAUAACAAAAUUGUAGACCUAGACCCGAGUUUUUACCAAGUCGAAACUUGAAUGUCUGACCUGUAAUAAAGAAAAUUAGUUGGGUAUUUCAAGUACAAACAACAAAUUUCUAAAUUCUCCCGCAAGUGACCACAAGUUUUCAGAAAACUUAAAAUACUGCCCAGUUUUAACACAGGUGACCCGGCGAAAAAUUCUGGAAAAAAUGAAAAGAAAUACAGUCACCUCGCAGUUGGUUGACAAGCCUGUUGACAAAGGCUUUUUAUGAAAAAUCUGGUUCAUGAUUUGUAUACAGACCUGCAAGAAGAAAAAUCGGAGUUAUAACAACCAUUGUUGGGGUUGUUCCAAAAGUUAAGGUGCAGUGACUCUAAACAAUUAUAGAAUAAUAUACCCAUGUUUACCUAUUACAUGUAUUGACACAGACCAGUGUGCAGCAGAUGCUACCUCUUUAAGUCUUUCUGAUUGUCAUGAGAUAUUCAGAAACACUCUUGGACAAUCAAAAAGCGUUAUCUGGAAACAAGAGAGACAAUGGCAGAUUAAGAGCUUCCCGUUUUGGCCUAGUAGUUAAGAGAAACACUGAUUACAGUGACUCAUUCGUUAAAAGCAUAUAUAAUCCUGCAGAUAUUUCACAAAUCCUUGCAUACAAUUUGGAGUUGAAAAUGAAAACAUGGUGGCUGAACUGUAUGGAAAGGCAAUGAAUUCUGAGGGAAAGGCAGUUGACUGUUUGAUGUUGGUUUGUGUGUAAACCUGUCAUUGCCACAUCUUGUUGCCGCACUUGAUAGAGGUGUUUUUACAACCAUUCAUGUGAGAGUAAAUAUGGUGGUUUAGAAGUGAAGACAUGCUUAAAAGCAGGAUGUCUUGGGAUCAGUGUUCAAGAGGCAGUAGAUCAUCCACAAUUGAAAAGUGCGUUCUUCUUACAUAAACAAAAUAAUACCAUCAGUCUGAAACAUGAUCAUAACUAUUACUAUCAAGUACAAGGGCAAUUGGCUUUAACAACUUUAUCUGUGAUGGGAAACAAUGUUGCCAAAGUUAAACGACUUUUAUUUGAAUAGACAUUUUUAAGAAGUACCAUGUUCACAAAAUUAUUUGAAAUAAUUAUUAAUAAUAUUACAAAUUUAAGAUAUUACAGAUUUAAAUUACCAAUUUCAAUAAAUUAUUUUCAAAAUAUUACAAAUUUAAAUAAUUAUUCAAGGUUAAAUUAUUAUUCACGGCACAGUGGAAUGUCUGUGACAUGGCAACAUUUUCAAGUGAUGAUACAUGUUUUGAAAAUCAGAUAAGGCGUAAAAAAAACCCUGUGGUUUUGGUUUCAUAUCGUGAAAAAAUUAGGGUCGGUAGGUCAGAAAUAAAUUUUUUUUUUGAAUAUUUUUUUCAUGGUUUUGGCGUUUUUUUGCCGGGCGAUUUGCAGUAGAGUCCCGACAUCAAUAUUAACUAGAGAUGCGUAUUUCCUAUGGACGAAUUUAGGCAAUUUGGUUCAAAUAAUUAGUGUGACAACAGACGUCAUUUUGGCAUGCUGUAUGAGCAGCCCGCAACCAGUGCCAACCACCUGGAGAAAAUAUGGUCGAACGGUCAAUCGCGUUGAAAAAAUAAUAGGGUCGGCAGAAAAAAAUAGGGUCGGUCGGGAACCGUAACCACAGGUAUUUUUUUUACGCCUAAGCAACAAUGCAUAUCCACAUUAACAAGGCCCUUUAACUCCAUUCUUCAGAUAGUUAUUUACAUUUGGUAAUGUCCAGAUAUUUAUUUACAUAACACAAUAAUUCAAUAACUCUUUCUCGACAAGUGGUUUCGCAUUACAUUACGAUUCAAUUUUUCUAAUGUAAAUAUCUCGGCGAGUAUACCCUGCUGGCAGUGGUUUCUGAGUUGAGGAGAAACCACUGCGAGCAAACAAACGACUUUCUAUCGAGCAUGUGCAAAGAUCAUGUGAUGGGAAGUGACUAAUUUGUAAACAAGCGUGGCAUAUAUACUGUUUUAUUUCAGAGGUUUUAUUUGUUGUCUGUCAGUUUUAAUCGAACGACUUUUUAAUCCUCCACGCAGUUCACAAUUUAUGUAUAGGUUUUAAUCUCUUUAUUGCCAGUACUAAAAUAUUUUGACAUCGGUGCCUCCUCACCCUACAGCUACAAAUUGUGCAUUUCAAUUUCUGUCAUAUCUUUUUAAAAUUUUGUAUUUAUCCGACGAUAUCAUUUUUUUUCAAUUCGGUCUACAAACUUUAUUUUGUGUUGCUUAAACGUUGUUAAAUUCCAAUUCCCAAAGUUUCCAAAUAAUAUAAUGUUUCCAAUUACUGUUGACUUUGACAAUUAUUGCAAUUUUUGAUCGUCGCGACCUCAACUGCUACAAAUUUCAACCGAUCAAAGGAUAAAGAUCGUCGUGACAGCGCUACUGAUUUCUCUAAAAGGUUGAUUUUUGUUGAAGUGUAUAGUUAUUCUGUUGAACGCUAGACAGUUUUCAAGUCAUCUUAAUUUAUAAUUUCUCACAUUUUCAAUAUUUUGUAAAGCCGUUAUAAUACUUUGUAGUAUAUUUAUAGCGUGUUACUAUAUUUAGAGCGUGAUGUUGUUUUUCAAGUACAACUGACUCGCAUUUUACCAGCAGUGGCAAGCAUUUUACCAGCAGUGGCAAGCAUUUACCCAUGCGCACAACAACAAAAACUUGUCAAACUUGUUUUACCAGUUGAGAAUUUAAUGUAUUUGUCUGUGAAUCUGGAUGGCGGCUACAUGAAACAAUCGGUUUCUCCUCAGCUCAGAAAUCACUGCCAGGAUGGUACGGCGAGUAUUUACCCCCCCCCCCCUUUAAAACAAAAACCACCAUUGAAAUCCUCACAAAAUAACCUUUCGAAUGGUGGGUCAAGUUGUUUGUGUGAUGUUACUCUGAGUGUAUAUCCACACCGGGCAGGCUUGAAAAAUAUGCCUGGCCACGGCGGGAUUUGAACCUACGUCCUUUGGAAUACCAGCCCAAUGCUCUUCCAACUGAGCUACGCGGUCAGGACGGUUCGAGUAUGCGAUAUUUCGGAACUGAGUCAAGUUCCUUUGAUAUCAGUGUAAUCUAAUAAUCAUGAAAUCUGCUGUGUUGGUCAGGCAUAUUUUUCAAGUCUGCCCGGUGUGGAUAUACACUCAGAGUAACAUCACACAAACAUCUUAUUCACCUGAGUACAUUACACCAACACAGCAGAUUUCAUGGUGGGUCAAGUGCCGUCAAAACAGUACACAGACCGAAACAGUCGUAUAUUUAUAGGAAUAUGUUGAAAGAGUUUAAAAGAGUGUAAAUCACUCAUGAUGUAUCACUUUGCAGUUCAUAUCUUUAGUUCGGUAAAUGCUACGAGGACAAAAAUACCACCAUUUGAUUCAGUGUAACAAUAUCUCCUCUAUGAAUUUACAUUUCUGGUCCGAGUACGUCAAAACAAUGGGAAGUUUGCAUGCCAGAGAAAUGGAUUCUACAAGUCAAAGUGCACCCAUACACAUGCAUUUGACGUCAUCCCGGCUAAAGGAGCUCCUUAUUGGCCAAGUAUUACAUAAUACAUGUGCGUGCAAGUAAAACUCAAUAUCUUGAAAAAUUCAUAAUAAAUAUUUCUACUCGCCAUAUUCAAACGAAACUUUCUACACAAAAGCGCUUGAAUACAAAGAGUAUUUUACACAUAUAGCCGUUCAGAAAAUGACGAAAAAUUUAGAAGAUAUUCAACUUUUUCUCAAUAUGAAAGAGAAUGUUUGGCCAAGUGCGGAGUAUAAAUAUAUGAUUUUCGGUUUGUGUAAUGUUUUGACAGCACUUGACCCCCCGUUUGAAAGGUUACUUUGUGAGAAUUUCAAUGGUGGUCUUUGUUUUAAAGGGGGGGGGGGGUAAAUACUUGCCGAGAUAUUUACAUUAGAAAAAUUGAAACGUAAUAUAAUGGAAACCACUUGUGGGACUAUCAUCUGAAGAUGGAGUUAAACUCUGAAACAUUGUAAUUUAACCUGUUAACUAGACCCACCUGACCUGCACCCGAAUGCACCCUACCUUAUUUUACUCUGUCUAUUGCCACUAUACCAGACAGUUUUACUCUGUCUAAUACCAUAUGAUUUUACUUGUCAAGGGGUUAGCACUGGUGCUCAAUAAAGCAUCGACCCAUUCAGUGGCAGCGCUCUACCCUUAAUUUUUGUAUUUGCAACAGUAAAAUUGCCAGGCAUUCGACAGAGUAAAGUAAUAAAGUAGGGCACAUUAGGGUACAAUGCAACAUACUUAUUGGGUUAAUUACGACAAAAAAUAUUUUGAUGAUGCCAUCUUUUCAUAAUGUUGUCUAACCACAUCAAGAUAUUAGGUAGGAUAAAAACAGACAUGAACACAGAAUUCAUCUCACUCAGGUAACCUUGAGGGCAAACUAUGCUCAUAUGAACAGGCUCGUAAAGACAGUGGUGUAGCCAGGUAAACAGAAGUGGGAGGGGCAAUGUGUGACAUCAGUAAAACCCAACCCAUUUUGAAAUCUCCGGCUUCUCAUGUAACAGCAGCAAGAAAUUGCAUAACAUAUCUGAUUUCAUACCUUAUAUUAGAGUGCCCUUCAUAAAGAGAUUAAAUCUAUUCAUAGUGUCUCUCUGUUUGUUCUUCAUGUUAUUUGAGGGGUCUGUUAGAGGGUUCCAAUGAAUUUAACAUGUCAAAGUAGGAUACUGAAAGUUGACAAGCAUACAGCAAAUACUCCACAUUUGGUUAAUUGAGGAGUACAGACUCAGCGGUAUUUCUUGAUAAAAAAUAUGCGAGCCUUUGACAUGCCUUAUCGCUUGUUCAACAUGAACACGAGCAAUUCGUUGAGUUUCAACCACUUGUUCCUUGCUAAGUUGAACCUGUCCAGGCUUUCUUUUGGGUGGUACAAAAAGAAUUGCUCCUCUUUCAGCAAGAAUGUCCUGGACAUCAAAGCCUUUGUCGGCCAUUAUCUUAUCUCCAUUUUACAGGUAUUUACACAAUCCACUCUUAAUAAUGGUGAUUUCUCUGUCAGAAAUAUUCCCACAGUGGAGUUGACUGACAAAUGUAACAGCAACAUGAGGCACAAUACUAAUCAAUACACUGCGCUGUAAUGCUCUAGGCCAUCCUGGGCAUUGUGUUACCUCAAUAUUUGUUAGAUAAGGAAAUUUAUCAGACGAUGUCUCUUUUGCUUUUCUUCGUACAUAAUCCCAACGAGUCAAGUUAUUUGCACAAGGCUUUAUCUUCUCCCAAAAUGCAAGAAGGCACUGAUAAGCAGGAAAUCCUGUAUAAAAACAAAUAUCAUCAGGGCAAGCCGAGAAACGCUCCAGUCCAAAGUUUGUUAAAGAAACAUUCUUUCUUAAAGUGCCUAUAUCAUUUGAUCUGAUUUCUUGCACUUCACUUGGUGGAAUUAAUAUUAGGAUGCUGUUUUUAAGGGUUUGUAAUCCAAGUGAAUAUAUAUACACUUUAAGACCUAAUCAGGAACGACUGCGAAAAAUGCAGCACAAGGUCCUCUGGUAGGAAUUGAACCUACGGCCCUGCAAUUCCGGUGCAGCGCUCUAACCAACUGAGCUACAGAGGCCAGCUGUUGAGCUAUAACGGUAAGUUCAUGUAUAUAUAGGUAAUCGGGUGUGCGGGUUGUGACAAGGUGGACUUCAAUGAUCUGAUGUCUUGCACUUCACUUCACUUGGUGGAAUUAAUAGUAGAAUGCUGUUUUUAAGGGUUUGUAAUCCAAGUUAGUAUAUAUACACUUUAAGACCUAACCAGGAACGACUGCAAAAAAUGCAGCACAAGGUCCUCUGGUAGGAAUUGAACCUACGGCCCUGCGAUUCCGGUGCAGCGCUCUAACCAACUGAGCUACAGAGGCCAGCUGUUGAGCUAUAAGCAGUCGUUCCUGGUUAGGUCUUAAAAGUGUAUAUAUACUCACUACAGAGGCCAGCUGUUCAGCUAUAAGCAGUCCUCACUUGGUUAGGUCUUAAAAGUGUAUAUAUACUCACUACAGAGGCCAGCUGUUGAGCUAUAAGGAGUCGUUCCUAGUUAGGUCUUAAAGUGUAUAUAUACUCACUUGGAUUACAAACCCUUAAAAACAGCAUUCUAAUAUUAAUUCCACCAAGUGAAGUGAAGUGCAAGAAAUCAGAUCAUUGAAGUCCACCUUGUCACAACCCGCACACCCGAUUACCUAUAUAUACAUGAACUUACGGUUAUAGCUCAACAGCUGGCCUCUGUAGCUCAGUUGGUUAGAGCGCUGCACCGGAAUCGCAGGGCCGUAGGUUCAAUUCCUACCAGAGGACCUUGUGCUGUAUUUUUCGCAGUCGUUCCUGGUUAGGUCUUAAAGUGUAUAUAUACUCACUUGGAUUACAAACCCUUAAAAAUAGCAUUCUAUAUCAUUUGUGAGAUAUUUACGGAUUUGGAAAGAGCACAAAAAGUUAGUUAGUAAGUUCUUCAACCCUUUUUGAUUUGGUUCAGUAUUUUCCGAGAUAUUGACCCUCAAACAUGACAAUUUAAAAAAAAAUCUGUCGUCCUUGGAGGCCUGGGACUCAGGAACGCGAGCAUAAACAAACACUAUAGGAUUGUAUUAUAUUUUGACGCUGUAACUUUUGCAAGAAAAGUUGGUUUAUUAAGCUCAAAAUCGUUCUCUGGUACUGAAAAAAGUUCCUACGAUUGCGCUGAAUAUAAAAUUGAAGGUGAAAUGUACAAAACAACUUCAAAAUCAAAUUUGAAAGUGCUCCUUCGUAGAUUGCAUCUAGCUUCGUCGAGCAUGAAAAUGUUGGCAUUUAGAGCUACGCUGACGAAAUAUGGGCCAAAAAAUACGUUUGAAAGUUGGAAGAAUAUAACCAGGAAAUAAGGAAAUUAAUUUUCACAUUAAACGGACCUUACAUGUACAGUAUAUCUUGAUAGUUCUUCGUAUUAAAGUGAAUAAUAUAUUUUCUAUAUGUACUGUAAAAAAUGUAUUUGCCAUUUGCAAUUUAAUACCAUAUUUUGGGUUGUCUUUGAGUAAUUAUGUUUUGAAGCUUGAAUUAUUGAGAUAUAAAAAUUAAAUAAGGAGGAGCUUUUUCGAUUCUAUUUUGUACUGUUGAAAAUCCCAAUACAUUUCAUGAUUCAAUGAUUGUAUUAGCUUUAUUGCUGCAAUAGACCAAUAUAUAAAUACUUGGCUUGAAUUUAUGGCUUUGCUGUUAAUGGUAAAGCUCCUAACAUUCCAACCCUUGCCAAACAACCUAACUUGUGAGGGUUGGAGCCAUCAUGACAUCUACAAGGAUCCAGGCCAGUAUUGCAUGAUUUAGGGGCUGUUUAUGUGUGCCUGGUUUGCAGGGCUGACCCUGUUUGAAAGGUCUUGUAUAGAUGAAAAUUAUUGAGUGGAAAUUUAUAUACAUUUAUUAAAUAGCCUUCUAUACAAGACCCUUCAACUAUUAUUGAAUUGAGUUAGAAGCCAACAAAAUCACAACAUUUUAUACUCGUACUCUAAACAUGGCAGAACUUUCACUCUCUCUCUCUCUCUCUAUAUAUAUAUUCAGGGCAGGAAAAAUUUUUUCCUGGGAGCACAACCUGGAGCCAAAAAUUUCCUUUAUUAGUAUUAGAGUAUUUAUGUGCUAAAUCUGCAUGUGCAUAAACAUAUAGCACAGAAUAAAAAUCAGUAACAGAAGGGCCGCUCAGCAAUGCAACAUGCCCUCGUUCUUUUAUGCAAAAAUAUGCAGUUUACUGGCCAGAAGGCAGAGCAGCGAGCCAGUACAGCGUGUUUAUUGGCCAGAAAAUGUCAUUGACUGGCUAGGAAAAAGGGGGCAACAUGCGUAAUGUGACAUGCACAAGGACAGAAACUUCAAAGCUUCCGACAUAAGUGGCCCUUCUAUAUGGAUCUCUAUUCUAUGAUAUAGUGUUUCCAGCUGACCAUGGUUUUAAAUUCAAGGAAUGUCUGUCAACCAUAUGUUGUUGCACCCAUAGUGGGACCAUGGGUGUUAAAGUGCCUAUGACAUGUAAAGAUCACUUAAAAUGACUUAAAGGGAAAUGGCAAUAUAAUUUUUUAUUUUCUCGUUUGAAAGAACAUUUAAAACCAUAUAUAAAACUCUUUUACAGUUUCUUCAUAUCUUGCUUACUUCUACAAAUAUUUUAAUCGAAAGAAAUGAAAUGUCCGCCAUCUUUGAUUUUUGUAGAUAUGCAUGUUACGUCAGAACAGGGGUCAUACAAUAUUUUUAUCUAGACAACGGCUGAUCUUGCACUCAAAAUUAUACUCUGUCUGCCCUUGGAAAUAUCAAGAUCACUUAAAACCUUUAAAACAUCUACCAAUCAAUAUUUGGUCAGCAACGAAUACUUUAUAUGGUUUAUCCCUGUUGUGACGUCACCAAAACUACCAUUAAUGAGAUCAAAAAUUUAUCCAAGAUGGCGGGAUAUCUCAUUACUUCAAGUGAAAAUAUUUCAAGAACUAAGCAAGAUAUGAAAAAUCGGUAAAAGAAGUUAUUAAAUAGUUUCAAAAGUUCUUUCAAAUGAGAAAAUCAAAAAAUAUAUUGCCGUUUCCCUUUAAUAAUUUCUUUUAUAGAAUUUUGGUAACUUGCUCCCUUUUCAAGAUAUUCAACUUUGUUUCAUAUGCAAAUAUCACCGGUGUGACAUAUCCUUACAAAACCAAAUUAUAUGGGACAUAUAUGGACCAACUAUGGGAUUGAUAUGGUUCAGCCUAUGGGCCAUAUAUGGGAGGUAUAUGGCUUUGGUAUGGCCUGGUUGCCUUCAUAGCAUACCCAUAUCAUGUUUUUGAUAUGGGUUUGAUACGUGUUUGGUACAAAUCCAUACAUAUCCCAUAUGACUUACUAUGGGAAAUACAUGGGUUCCUUAUAUCAUUUCAUAACAACUUUGCUAUGGGUAAGAUAGGAUUCUAUAUGGGAAUGAUCUGGGAACAUGAUAUGGAAUUCAUAUGGUUCUUGAUGUAUAAACCUAUGGGAAUGGUAUGGGUGCAACAAUUAUCAUAUUAUAUUGGGAAUGGUAUGGGCACUUGUUUUCAUCCCAUACCAAACCCAUGUUAACAUCUAACAUCCAAAUGCUAGAUGCUAACACGUGUGGGUUUGGUAUGGGAUGAAAACAAGUGGCCAUACCAUUCCAAAUAUACUUGCUAUAGCUCAAGAAAAUUGUACUGGUGGCAUACAUAGUUUUAUUAACAUGCAAAAAAUCUUCAAAAACACAAUACACAAAUAAAUAGCAUAGUUAAUAAAUAAACAAAUUAUAAAAUUGCAAACUAAUUUACUAUUUCUUUAUGAACUUGCAAAGUUUGUCUAACUAAAUUACCAUGGUAUAACUAUAUAUACAAACAUGCAAUAAUGUCAAUUGCUAAGUGCUUAUUGGUCUAUACAAAUGUAUCGGUAUCUAUAAUGUCCUCAGUCCUCUCAACCCGUGGGCUUGACUACAGACUAUUCAAACUCUUUGUGGAUGCCUGGCUUCUACACUUUUCAUGUUUAUUUUUUGUAUCACCUGACUUGGUGUAGGGCCUUCAUUAGAAAAUCUUGCAGAGCAAUAUGCCCACUGGUGGCAAUUCCAGAACAUGCCAGAUCCAUCUACAACUUCUAUCAUCUGCAGGAUGAAAUAAUUCAAACGUCAAGAUUUUGCCAGAUUUGACAAAAAUGAUUAUACUGACAGAAAAUUUAUACCCUAUAUUCUGCAGCCAAAUUUCCAUCAAGCAUUUUUGCACCAAAUUUAUUAUUUUACUCUGUCUAAUGGAAGACAACUUUACUCUGUCAAAUGCCAAAUCAUUAUCAGACCUCUCAACUCUCGCGCAUUCGGCGUGAGUCUCACACAAUUCGCUUCACUCUCACGCCACGUUUAGUAAAUCUCACGCAUAUAGCAGUUUCAUGGUAUUUUUUCAAUAAAUAAAUAUAAUACUGUAUUCUUAAAUGCACAUUAUUAAUCAUUAUACGGAUCGCGAAUCGAAUAUAUAAUCGCGUGUUAUAUUGUUCCUGCAUGUACGGCCCGACAUUUUCGCUUUUGCCCACGAUAUGCAUGGAUACAAUAUAGUACGCUGCAUAUGUAAAUACGGCGGACAAAAGGCAGAAUCAGUCGGAACAGAAUUGUAUAAGUAAAUUAUCAAAGGCAAAUUAAAGCUCAUUCCUGUAUGUCACAGAAAUAGAGAAUAAUACAUGGGUGCACGGAAAUUCCAGAUUUAUUUCAAGUGUUGAACAUGAUUAAAUACGAUUUUUCUCAGUGGCCAAAAACUCUAUAUAACACUUAUGUUUAUAUAAUAAAUACAGUUAUUGUAACUAAAGUGCCUUGUCUUAAAGGACUUAUGAAGCAAUGACGUAUUUCAUUAAAAAACACCAACUCUCAUAAGGUAUGAAAUGCCAUUUCAGACCCCCGACCCUGAACUUUUACAAAGGUGUCAUCCACAUCCCCAAUCUCACUCUUAACUUCUCUGCAAAGUUGAGAGGUCUGUCAUUAUGUUUUACUAUAUGUCUAAUGACAGACAAUUUUAUUUGUAAAUAUUUAAUAAAAUAACAAAGUACUAAAAGUAGGGCACAAUUGCUUCUAAAUAUGCCAACACAGCAGCUUUUGCAGUUAAUUAUUAACCUUUCAAUAACCAACACUCAUCUUGAUGAGUAAAAUCAUCUGAUAAUUAACUAUCAAAGUACUGAAAGUGGGGAGUGUUAGGAUGAAUUGCAUCUAAAUGUGUUAACAAACAAUGCAAAAUAGUCUGGUGUUAGACAGGCCAAAAUAUUGAGCUUUGAAAUAGAGCUGAUUAGUGUGAAUUGGGUCUUAAUGAGUUUACACAUAACACAGGGGGACAGCAAGAUAACCUAUCAAAGUUGUCCACUCUCUUUCACAAGUAAAAUAUUUGAUCUGGUGUUAGACAAGGUAAAAUAAAAAAGUACUGAAAGUUGAGCAUAUUCAUCCUAACGAGUCAGCGUGAAAUGUAAGUAGAGAGUCUUGUUAACUUGAAUAUACGGUCACAUAGUUAAAUGUUAAUGUCAUAAAAAUAUAUGGAGAAUUUUCCUGGCAUUACACUAAGGCUAACAUAUUUUAAUUCAUAUUGACUGGUGCAAUUACACCUCUCCCAAUGAAAUAUCAAUUUUAAUUUGAACAAUAACAUAUGAAUAAAUAUCAGAAUCUUAGGAAGGUUGCUGCUGAUUUGAGCAAGUAGAUAAAUUUUCAAACUAUAUGUAAUAUGAGCAUAUAGUACUAUAUAGUCUAUAUGUAUAGGCAUGCUUAACUCAUUCCCAUCUGGUGGAAAAGUAGCAAUUUCGAGUGGUGUUGUUUCAAACGCUUAUAUCUCUCAAACUAUACAUCGCACAGAAACAGAAAUUGCAUCGUUCGAAAGACGAGGACUUCUGCUUUCCAACGAUACCAAUUUCAUCCGUAGCUUGGUUAACGAUUUACUCGCAUAAAUUUGCAUAAAUUAUGAUAUAAAAAAUGUUGCAAUUAUCCAUAAAUGUAUUUAGCGGUUCAAAUUUCAAAUAUGUCAAAGUUUCAUGCAUGUAGCAUAAAUAGAAAUAUUUUUAUUGAAUUUUUAUAUAAACUAGGUAGUGGAGUAAAAUUUACAUUUUGUGCUCACAUGAAACAAAUACCUUUAUCAAAGGUCCUUUUUUAUUGCUGCAACAUGUUAUCAAUACAAAUUUCCAAUAUUUCUUACUCUCCAAAGAUAGUAUGGCACCAAAAUAAGUCUGUGAUACCCACAAAAGAACACUCAAAUCAUGAUUAGCAAAAUGUCUUUAUUUCUACAAUUACUACAUACAUUCUUAGAUAAUCAUUAGAUUCAUUACACCAUUGACUUUAGUUAUUAGUGUUACAACCAGCCUCAAAAUUUGGUCAUGCUAUUCAAAUUUGAAAUAAUCACUACUCAUUUGUUUAGAAAUUGAUUGUUUUCACAAUCUAGAACAUGAAAAUAUUUGCAAAUAGCAUGACCAAGUGUCGUUGGACUGGCAUCAUCAUGAUUAGUAGUUAUAAAAAAGUAAUGUUUUCCAAGGCAGUAAUGUUUGCUAAAGCAGUAAUGUUUGCCAAAGCACAUAAUUGGAUUAUGUGGUGAAAAUAUUUCCUUUAUAUUGUACUACAAGACUGUAACCAAAGUGAUAUCAGAUCACCACGUCAUACCCAAUCUGUUGCGAUGAAUAUCUGGACUUCUUCCUGUAUAAAUUUCAAAGUCGCAAUAUAACCAUUAGGAUUGUCUGCAGCAACCCACAGAUUUAUUCCCCACAUAGUAGGUCAUCUAGCUUUCAUGAACUGCCUAACCCCCAACCUAUUUCUUGAUUUGACAGUGUGUUUGUCUGCAACAACAAUAUUCUGUGACAGCUGGUACAGUUGUUGAUGCAGUUUAUUGCUGUAGUCUUUAGUACAGCAUCUACCAUAUUCACAAACGCCAUAAGCGCUUUGUACCUAACCCAAGAAAUUAUGUCUAUUGCCCACAGACCAUGAUAUAAGGUUUUUACACUCCAAUAAUUUUCAAUCUCACUGUCGACCUUUAACAAACCUGCAUAUUAUACCGGGUGGCGCAAAAAAAAGUACAACUGUUUGAUUACUUGUAACUCAGAAACAAUAAGCAGUAGAACCAUAAAUCGAGUUUAAUUGCAUCCAGCGAUAUCUAACUUAAAUUUUGGUAUAUUUGACAGGCAUAUUCGUUCAAGAUUAACUGAGAUAUAAGAGUUUAAACUUUUGUUAACAAUUUUGAAACGGUCACAAAUUAGCUAAAAAUCAGUUUAAUAGGCCGUUUUUAGCUAAUUUGUGACCGUUUCAAAUUUGCUAACAAAAGUUUAAACACUCAUAUCUCAGUCAAUCUUGGCCGAAAAUGCCUGUCGAAUAUACCAAAAUUUAAGUUAGACAUCGCUGGAUGCAAUGAAACUCGAUUUUGGGUUCUACUGCUUAUGGUCUUUGAGCUAUAUGCAAUCAAACAGUUAUACUUUUUUUUGCGCCACCCGGUACUAAAAGGCAAUCAACCUCUCAAGGUUGGUGGACUGCAAGACCCUUCUUUAUUAGUAUAUGGGGAUAACUUUUGAGUUAUUUGUAUGUGGGCAUAUGUAUUGGUAUGGCCAGGAAACUACCUCCUGAAGCAUUCCCUUAGUAAAAAAGAGUCGAAUGAACUCAAGCUCACAUGUGCACAGUUGAUCGAAACGGAUCCCGGACAUGUCAGUGAGGAGCAAAAUCUGGGAGAACAUUCCUAGCGUCAGGAUCAUCAUAUCCGUCAUGUACUAUGGGGCCUAGUGGGGAUGCUAGACAGGGAGCUUUCGAAACCUUAGGUCCUAAUGGCUGGGCUUCCUUCUACCUCUACUCAUCCCCCUACCUUCCCUCUGGGUUGGUGAGUGGGGUUCUCAUGACUCAUCAGAACUCUACUUCCCUGAGGCUAUGAAACAGGAACAGCAGAUAGGAACAGGAUCAAUAUAUUCAUCAGUGCAAAUAAAAACUUUUAUAGAUGUGGUGCCACUUAAAAUUAUAAUAAGAGCCAACUAGUAAGAUAUAAGUAUGAAUACUUGGCUAUUAUGUAUGUAACAAACAACCAAACAUGUGCUCAAGGCUCAUUUUACUUCGCCUAGGAAUCAGAGAUUUUUGUGCCUAAAACACCAUAAAUUUUCAUCAACAAUAUAAAUAAAUACCAUUUAUAUUUGUGAAUUUCAGUAUGAAACGAUUAUUUCAACACAAAAAAGCGAUAUGAGGACAUACUUGGUCGUACUAAUGAAGCUAUACUAAAUACAAAUAAAUUUACAAUGCCAUGUCAACGGCAAAACAUUGAAAUAGAAAUUGUCUAGAAAUGAUACAAAUACUUGCCUUGAAACUCCAGACACGACUCCCAAUGCCAGGUUGAGAUACUUGUCUUCAUACGAAGACAUUCCAUCAUUACUAGCACUAUCAGUUUGCAAAAUAAAGCCAAAAACAUCUUCAGAAUACGAUUCAAACAAAACUACAACACAAUACAUUUCAACGCUCGUGCGUUCCCGUGCGCGAUAAUCAGGAAAAUUGCUCUAAAAGAUUUGUUUUUCCGCCUAAGCCAAUCAAAAUCCGUAUCUAAGGUAAACAAACACUCCGGAAGUGAUUCCUGCAGUCUUUUACCAGGAAACUGUAAUGCUUUACCAAGAAUUUGGCGUCCGAAGUUGGCCGAACACUUUCCGAUCACGAGAAUUGCCAUAAUAGGCUUAGAUUAUUUUGCAAUUUCCCGAGACUGCUCUGAGCUAUAGAAUGGAAGAUGGCGAUUCUUUUGGUAUAUUUGUUAUUAUUAUACGUUGAAAAGAAGCAAAAAGACGAGCAUUUGAAUCAGGCAGAACAUUCAAAAUGCAACAGCAAAAUUGAUAAUGUGUCAUUUGCAUAAAUUUCACCGCAUUGAUCAUUUCAAGGUAAGAAAUUCGCUUGAAAUUGAGCGAGAAACAAUAAAAUUAUAUGAAUAUUUCUGAAUAUAUAGUAUCGAUCAAGCGGAAUUUUUUGGUGGUAUUUUCGUAUGUCUACUGCAAAUACCCGCGAAGUUCUUUAAUAUUUAAUCUUCCUGUCAUAUACGUCGGAAAUUAAUAUUGGCGGAUCGAAUUGAGUUAAUGUCUGCAAUUAAUCUUGCAUAUACAGUUAGCAUAUACAAAUAUAUUAACCAAUAAACAUGAUAAGUCUAAUUCAAAUAUAAAACUCUUAUAGUAGCAUUUAUUGAAGUAUAAAUGACAGAUAAAUAUAUUUAUAUCAGCGUUCGAAGAAAUCCAUUAUUGUCGCGGCAAAUUCAAAUUUUAAACCGAUCGACACACAUGCUCGAAUUUCACGAAUGAAGAUUGGACUAGGUAUUCCUUUAUAAUUUGCUUUAUUAUAAACAAAAUAUAAACAUAUGCUCACCUGAACAUUAUACAAACAUCGCUGGUGUAUUACUAGUGAAAAUCCAGUUGAAUCUCAUCAAAAAUAGUUCUAUUUUGAACAUAUAAAGCAUUCACAAACAAAAAAUUAAUAAAAUAUUGGAGGUGUAAUGACCUAUCCCAAGAUGCUUUGAGUGCGUGGCAAAAAACUAGACACCAGUCUGUUGGUCGCGCACAUUGCGGUAAUUAUUCACUUAAUUAAUGUUAGAAUAAAUUUAUUUUCCAAUCCUAUAGGAAUUCCUAUAGGAAUUUUUAAUUCCUAUAUGUAUAUAUAUAUAGGAAUUUCGUUUUCCUAAAGGAAUUUUUUCACCAUUUUCAAAUCUUAUAUGAAUUCUUAUAGGAAUUUUCAAAUCCUAUAGGAAUUUCAUUUCUUAUAGGAAUUCCCAUAGGACAUUUUCGUAAGUGUUGGCAUAGCAUUGCCAUAGAAAUCAUAUGUAUGGAUUCUCUAUGGGAGGCCAGAACCACACCAAGUUUAGACUACCAUAUAAUUCCCAUAGAUAUGGGAAGUAUAUGGCACAACCAAGUGUGGACUACCAUAUAAUUCCCAUAGGUAUGGGAAGUAUAUGGGACAACCAAGUGUGGACUAUCAUAUAAUUCCCAUAGAUAUGGGAAGUAUAUGGGACAACCAAGUGUGGACUACCAUAUAAUUCCCAUAGAAUUGGUUAUAUGUAAAAGCAUGCCAUUGAUAUGGAUUAUCUAUGGACCAAGUAACCCCACAGAUUUCCCAUAGGAUUAAUAGCAAUGUGUUUGUUCCAAUAGCUAUCUCAAUAUUUAACAAAUUUAGACACCAUACCAAUCCCACAUGAUAUCUAUACUGUCCCAUAUCAUGCCCACAUAUGGGUCAUAUAUGGCCCAAACUUUGCCAUAUCUUUCGCAUACUUUUGCUUUGGUAAGGAUCACAUCACAUAAUGAUUUUCAGAAAAUUAUAGUUUUCUUGACGAAUAUGUAUCUAAAAAACUUAAAAAUUGCCCUUGUAUAUGUAUUAAUUUCAUAACUGGUAAUUAAUCCUCUGUAUUUGUUUUUAAACAUAUUUUAUCAAGAUAAAAUAAUGUGUUUUCAAAAUGUAAUUAUGCGAUGUGAUGUCACACCAACCCCAAAUAGAAUUUUUGGUUUGUGUGAUAUUUGGGUCAUAAUUCUAAGAAGAAAUGUGAUGUAUCUUUAUAGUAAAAGUCACCUAAUGACAUCAUAUCUGGAAACUUUGACAGUGAAAAGGUUGAUGAAGGUGUAGUAACUUAGAUACUAGUAUAAUAGGUAUAUUCAAGGAAGACAAGCUCUUCACUUAACACUUUAUUCUAUAUACGAAUAUUCUCAAGUUACACAAUAACGUGCACAUGUUCAUAUCAUGCAUAAUGAAUUGUACAUUAGUUCCAGUAAGGUGCAUUUACGUAAUUUACUACAAAGGUUAUGACACAGAAGCGAUUUUUUAUUAUAGAGAUAACAUUUCUUCAAACGAAUGACACAGAUAUUGCACAUACCAAAAAUCAUAUUUGUGGUUAUAGUUGUGCUUUGAAAUUAUAUUUCUUAUUUAUCAUCUUCGGACCAAAUAUUCAUAUCCUUUGAAGUCAUCAUCUUUCCCAUUAAAAAGCUGUAGAUAGUUUGAUAAACAGAACACAAUGGUAUUAUUUCAUCUUUUUUACAACCAUGAGAUAAUCUGGUGAAUCACAUGUAUGCCACUGAUAUAAAGACCUAAAAGUAGAGAUAAUUAUACCUUAGACUUUAAUAAUGUAUUACUUGCCUCCAUGAGGCAAACUAGUAAUCUGUUACAGCUUACUCAAGACACAGUAAUCUGUGCAGCUCAAGCUUUGCCUUGACAUUAGCAAGGUGCAUUAACCUAUUCCUAUAAUAAGCAGAAACUUUGCAUGGCCCUAUUAAACUGAAUAUGUCCAAAGUUUAUAAAAAUAUUAAAUAAGACCUCAAAAAUUACUUCUCCUUUGAAUCAGCUUAUACCACAUCAAAGAGAGAGCUCACAAAUGUUAGAAUAAAAAUAUUGACAAACAUUAAACGUCAUAAUGAAGUGCUAAUAGUGUACAUUUCCCUUGGUAGUCCAAAUUUCUUCCUACUGUGAACUUUUGUUAGACACAAAAACAUUUGAUAUUCUAUCUCUCUGAAAACAACAGAGUUCCGGUGCACCCCUAAAUCCUACAUAUUUUGUGAAUGGCCAAAUCAAACCGGUUAUCCCUUGUCUAUAUCAAACUUAUAGUGUUUUUCAAUAGUUAAGCUAUUAGUAUUCAUUGUUGAGUCUAAAGUACACAUAAUUUUUCGUUUGUUUACUUGCAGUCGCAGAAUUAAUUGUGGUAUUAAUUGCCAAAUGUGACUAUCACACAAUAUUUACAAAUAGAAAAUAUUCGAUUCACUUACCAAGAACUAACACGAUUAUGCCCGUUCCAUCUAUAAAUUAAUUUCUUUACAUCCCUGUUAUAUUCUUCUGGCUUUCAAAACGUAUACUUCAGUGUAUGCCAACUCCGUCAUGCUCGGCAAUGCUUGACGACAUUUAGGAAGCCUCACUUUCCAAUUUGAUUUUGAAGUUGUUUUGUGUGUUUCACCACAAUUUUAUAUUUCGCGCAAUCGUAUAUGAACUUUUGUCAGUACUGAAAGAUGAUUUUGAGCUAAAUAGACCGACUUUUCGUGCCAAAAUUAUCAUUUUAGUAAGUUAUAGUGGCAAAUUGCAAUAUAAUCUAUGGUGAACAACCUGCCAAAUUAAACCAGACUAAACCAAAUUAAACCAGACAAAUUGGGCGUAUGCUUAGACUGUGAGAAAGCCAUUCCAGUAAGAACCAAUCAUGUGUUGAGAACUCUGAAUCUUUCAUGUUUGGGAAACCUUUUCCAAGCCCAGCCAAUAGAAAUCAUUCUAUCGGAAAGGUUUACUGAUUCUGUCCAAUGAGAUAGCUGUAUUAAACUAUAGCCUCAGGCAAAAUAUUUCAAGUAUGACAUUUGAUAUUUAGAUCUGUCAAGUCAUUUCCGAUUCAUUAAGAUUUAAGCUUGAUAUAGUCACAGAAGGUUCUCAUCAAUCAAUAUACUUGUCAACUUACACUUUACAUUAUAAUUAUCCUGUUGAUCAUGUUAUGAGCUGAAAGUUUGACUCUCAACAAUGAAUUAUUAACAUAGGAACAUCGCAAUUUCAUAAUAUGACGUGUUAAUUCCCCAAUUUGACUGAUAUCUUUUAUUAUAUUUAAUUAUAGUCUUGUAUAGAUAACUGUAGGAUAAAAGGAUGUAUAUAAAUAUAGCCUGUCACCCGCAACUACAUGCCCUCCUUACAGUCGGUUCAAAAAUAAUCCAAGCCAUAAAUUUGUUGUUUGAAUAUUGUCUUAAACAUGGUUUAAUAUAAUGAUGCCCACAACAGAUAUAUAAGAGCUUUAUUCGUCCAGUGAAUGUUUUGCAUACCACGGCUGUGUUUCAACAUGCCGUAUCAUAUUUCGAAUCCCCGCAAGUAAUGUUAACCACACUUUAAUACUAGGAUAAUAUAGUUAUUAUGUAGACGCACCAUGGUUAGCAUAGCCUUGUAGUAUUUAAUUUGUAGUAAAACUGAACUAAAUUAAUGAAUGUAUUACGUAUGGCACUUAGGCACUAUAUAGCUAUACGCAAUAUAUUCAAUAAUCACAGUAACAUGUCUUCGACAUUCGCGCCAUCUUAUUUAUGGCGGGAAACAAAACACCUUUACCAAAUCAUGUUAGUUAUUGCUUUGUGAAGUGCUAAAUCUUAAAUACGUGUAAUAGGGAAAAAGUAAACGAUGUACCUGUAUACGAAAUUCCACCAUUCUCAAUGCGAGUCGAGGAGUAUUUUACAUUUCCAAUUCCUCAUAUGAGAACAUGUUCCUGCCAAUACUGCGCAUUAUCUUGCGGUAUGCAUCGAGAUGCGUCAGUAAACGGCUGCAUCGCUGCAAUAUUCUAUCGCCUUAUAACGUCGUUACUAUUGUAUCAACAUUUUCUCACUGUCUGUCUAAGAUAAGAUAAGAUAACUUUAUUUUAGCAGGGUGGCCCAUUCAGCACUAGGCUGGUAUCCAUAGGGGCCCUGCGUAUAUAAAUAUAUCUAUUUACACAAUAAGAAAAUAUAAUAAACUAAACUAGUAAUAGUACAUAUAUAAAUGUAUAAUUAUAAAAACCUAAUUGUACAAUGAGUAUUAAUUAUUAAAAACUGUGUCUUUGUAUAAGAGACUUGAAAUUAGACAAGGUCCCUGCCUUUUUAAUUCGAUCUGGAAGAUUGUUAUAAAGCAGUGAUCCCGAGUAUAGAAAAGAUCUCUUGCCCAGACUAAGAUUUGGUUUUGGUAAGUGCAAAUCAUCUUUCCUUCUAGUAUUAUAAGAAUGAAUAUUUGAAUUCCUUACAAAAUAUCCACUUAAAUAUUCUGGGACUAAAUUGUUCAAACAUUUAAAUACUAAAACACACUUGUGAAUUUGUCUACGAGUAGAUAAAUCUACCCAAUUUAAAAUGUCAAACGUAUUUCUGGAGCUGUCUCGUUGUAAUAUUAUUCGUGCUGCACGGUUUUGCAGUUUUUGGAGGCUUUGAGAACACCCAGCAGGCAGCUCGGACCAUACAGCAUCAGUGUAGUCAAAAAUAGGUUGCACCACUGAAUUGUAAACACAUUUAGAUGCCUCAAUUGUCAAGCAAGACCGUAUUCGCGAAAGUAUACCUAAUCGCUUGCUCACUUUGUUGCAGAUCUCUUCCGUAUGUUCUUUCCAUGAUAUUUGUUCAUCUAGCAUUACGCCUAAGUAACUAAACUUUGGCACUCUUUCAACUAGUUUGCCUUGUAGUUGGAUGGUAAAGUCUCCGAAACGACCAAGUUUUUGUUUUGUUCCAAAAAGCAUAACCUUAGUUUUGCUGUAAUUUAAAACAAGUCUACUGGACGUCAUCCAUUGUGCAACACGAUCUAAAUCAUUUUGAAGGGUUUCCAUUAUCUCAUUGGUAUCAGAACCAGAAAAAUAAAUUAUUGUGUCAUCGGCGUACAUACUGAUUGAACAGCUUAAUAGACAUUUUGGCAAGUCAUUUAUGUGUAAGACAAAUAAUAACGGCCCAAGCACAGAUCCCUGGGGAACGCCAUAAUUCAACACUCGGCUAGGAGAUAGUUCGUUUGCAUAAUUUACUCUUUGUGUCCGGUUUGUGAGGUAAUUCCGAAACCAGCUCAUGGUCUGACCUCUAAUUCCAUAGUGUUCUAACUUGUAAAAAAGGCAUUCAUGAUCGACAAGAUCAAACGCCUUUUUGAGAUCAACAAACACUGCACCUGUCACUUGCUGCUUAUCCAUAUGUUGCAAUAUAUGGUCAACAACAUGGAUAACAGCAGUUUCAGUGGAAUGAUUCUUACGAAACCCUGAUUGAUGUACGGAUAAGACGUUAUUCUCUGUAAGAAAUGCCACAAGCUGGGUUUGGAUUGAACGUUCCAUUAUCUUGGAGAUCAAAGGGAGAACUGAGAUAGGUCUAUAAUUGUUCUCUUCAUUUCUUUUGCCAGAUUUAAAAAUAGGUAUAACCUUUGCCUCCUUCCAUUCCAAAGGAAUUUCUCCGCUUCUGAUUGUCAAGUUGAUAAGAUGCGCAAUUGGCUUGGCAAUCACACUGGCACCAUCCUUUAGCAGUUUUGCAGGAAUCCCAUCGAGACCAGUAGCUUUACUGCCUUUCAACUUCCGCAGUUCAUUAUGGACAAAGCUUGAGCUCACAUCAUUUAGAGCAAAAUCUUGGUUGACUCUAGGGGUCAUAAUGAGAGGCAACAGAGUAUUUCCAAAAUGCUUACAUAAAGUACUAGCAAUUUGAGUGAAAUACUGGUUGAAUGCAGUCGCUGUAAGAUUUUGGUAGCGUGUGGAAGUAGUGUUCUUUUUCUUUGGCAAAAGGUCAUUCAAUGUCCUCCACAUUUGUUUGGAAUCUUGUUUUCCAGUUAACUGAGAGGAGUAAUAAAUACUUUUUUCUUUCCGUAAUUUCCCAGUAACAGCAUUGCGUAGCCUUUUGUAGUUGCUCCAGUAGAUCUCUUGAUUUGUCUUUAUUGCUUUCUUGUGGUAAUAAUCGCGCUCCUUCAUUAGGUUCUUUACUUCGCGAGUAAUCCAGGGUAGUGAUCUUCCACGUACACGGCGGGUACUAACUGGUGCGUGACUAUCUGCUACUGUUUUAAAUAAAUCUUUAAACGAAUUCCAUGCUUCUUCAGGAUUUGGUUCCAUCUCUAAUAUGUCCCAAGGGACAUAGCUUAAAUCUGUUUUAAACAGUUCAGAGUCAUAAUUCUUAUAGUUCCGAACUUGGACAGUCUUUGGCGGCAUAGGCUUUAUUCUGUGGAGUUUCCUAACUCCAACAAUAGCGAGGUGAUCAGAGAAACCGAUUUGUAUGACUCCAGAAGAAUAUAAUUCAGGUCUAGAUGUAAAAAAUAGGUCAAUUAACGUUUUGGAAUGUUGCGUAAUUCUUGUGAACGUGGUAAUUAUCUGUUUAAGACAAUAGAUCCUGGUCACGCGUUGAAGGUUUUUGGUUGUUGACGACAUACUUGGGGCAGCAUAAUCAAAGUUGAAAUCACCUAGCAAAAUGGUUUCGAUACCGUCUUUCGUAAAAUUGGCCAGUCCUCUUUCUAAAUUAUUUAUAAAUAUAGAAGGGUCAAGAUGGGGAGGUCUAUAAAAAGCACCAAUUAAGAUAUUUUUAGUUUUAGGUUGGGUUAACUCAAACCAUAUGGCCUCUAUAUUCUCGUCUAUCGGUGGUAUAAUAGCAUUGUUUUCUAACUGGUUAAAACCGAGGUUUUCAGCGACAUAAACAACUAAACCCCCGCCAUUACGAUUUCGGUCUCUUCGCAUCAGGUUAUAGCCAGGAAGAGAGAUUUCGUUAUCCAUAAAUGAAUUAUCAAGCCAUGUUUCGUUUAGCGAGAGUACAUGUGGUUGAUACUUGUCACAAAAUAAUCGUAGUUCGUCCAGUUUGUUUCUUAGGCUGCAUAUAUUGAGAUGAAACACACGCAAACCCUUCAUGUUGGCAGGGAAAUUUGUUGAAGGGCCAGGGUUUAAUGAUAUGUCAUUCGACAACAAUAUAAGGUUAGCAGCAAGCGCCAUGUUUAGGAAACGUGUGGCCGUAGCCACUUUUACGGCAAGCGUUAUCUUGGUCUGAAAGCUGCUCCCUUUAGAUCUUAACUUCGGGCGAAAUUCAGGAAUCUUUGGGUGGCUCACGUCGUUAGCUGCCAUCAGCAUUUGUAACUUGGCAUCCUUGCCCGAUAAUUUCAUAGGAUAUUUGAAGAACUGAGCAAUAAAUAAGCCGACCAGAAGAUAUAUUACCAGAGAGCGAGGAUUUGACAUAUUUGCACUUUUUUAUAUGUAUGUCCAAUAAAGCUGUUAAAAAAAAAAGAAAAAAGUUUAUUUAGGUUUUUAUUUCAUUUUAUGUUCUUGCAAAGCUUGAUUGUUGUCUGUUGAUAAUUUAUUAUACUCUAGAAUCAUGAAAAUAUAAAUAGUUGUCGAAUAAAAUUCAUUAUUUUGGAUACCGAAAUGUAAACAAAGCCUUUGUUUACAUACGGACUUAGCCUGCUCGCAGGCCGUUUGUCAGGCAGAGGCUGCGAGGUACGGCCUGCGACCUUUAUUAGUAAAAAGUCGAUUUGUGCGUACGGAGCGUACGCAAAAUUCCCAUUGGUCAGAAGUGCCCCAUGAGUUAAUAUCGUGCAAAUAUUUAACUCGUACGACAUUUUGCAAUGUAAUUUUAAAGCUGGCAUUCAAUCAGUGGCGUAUAAAACCAUGACUUUGUUUAUCUCUUCGAAGAAGUAACUGAAUGUAUUUGAGAAACUUUCAAUUUAAAUUAACGUUGAAGGAUGAGCGAAGGUUAGCAAUAUUAACUGUACUUCCAACGGGAUUUGAUAAAAGUUUAAUCUGACCAAUACUUUGUCCUCGUCAGCUAUAAACCAUUUCCAAAGAAGUACAAGGGAAAACUUCGACGUAUGCCUUGCUGAUCUUUGCAGAGAGAGUAAAAUAAGUCUAGUUCAGGCUGACAAUUUAUCUAACCGCGUUUGCAUCACUUGCGGCAGAAAUCUUCGAGACUUUUGUGUGUGUUUUCAAACGUUGAACAACUUAGCCCAGCGAGACGUUCGUUGAGACACAGGCAGUGAAUCAGCUAAUAUAAAGCAGUUGAUUGUCAAAUGCCUCCGAACAUUUCUCCCAAAUACUUCCCUGUCAAUUUCUGCCUAAACAAUCUGGUCUUGAAUAAGUCAAGACAAUGGGCAAAUUAUUAAAACAGACGCCGUCGAGGAAAGUCGUUCUUAGAACACCUGGCCAAUUUGAAUUUACACCUGGAAAUUUUGCAAAUUUUGUCUCUCUCUUUGAGACUUUCUUUUUGGGAGUCUCAACUAGUGACAUAUAUUAUUACAACAAGAGCUUUUUUAAAAAAAAUGUAGUUAUUAAACACGGCAGAAUCGAUGCCGCGGCCACGGGUUUUCAAAUUGUCUAUUAGACUUCACGCAAUAAUGAUUAAUGUUGUUUUUUAGCCUGCUAUUAUUCGACACUUUUAAUAAAUAGUGUUUGUUCAAAACCUAAAUACGUUUCCUUAAAUCUUACAGUUAUAUUUUGGAUAUAAAUGUAUAAAAUACAUUAACUAAUAGAGAAUAAAAUUUUAUAUAUUUAGUUACAGUUAUAUUUUAUAGUAUAGUUACAUAAUUUAAAACGGCAAUGUAUACGAACAAGACAGCAAUAUACAAACGGGACUAUGUUUUAAAUAUUAGAACACUUUAGGGAAAAAACGACCAUGCAUUAUUUUAGAUUAAAGUUUAGACCUUGGAAUCCUAGUGAAAGAUACAGGCGUAAAAUUGCGCGUGAAACUGUUUGUUGCAGGGGUGGAUCUAGACGUUCUUGUGACUAGUUUCCAAGACAACACUAGCUCUCACCGUGAGGCGCGAGUUAGCUAAGGGGAGGGAGGGGGUCCAGGUCCUGGAAUAAACACAAAUUAACAAUUAAAGUUCAUUUUUUUUUUUUUGAGGCAUUUGCAGUCUCUAAAAAAGAACCUUUAAGUUUAUACUUUAUGUCAAUGAUCAAUAUGAAUAUGUCAUUGUUCAUUUGUUCUUCUGCUAUCUUCACUGUGACUUCACGUCAGUAAUGUAAGAUGACAAUGACAAUUGGCACACAACUACCACUGUUCUUUCAAAGUUAUACAACAUCUUAGGAUAUCACUGGAUGAUCUGAAUCGUAUGCAGUUGACCAUUGUUAGCAAAGUAACAUUUCAGUUAUUCAGUAUAUGUCAAAGCAAACCACCACUUCCAAAGAAGAAACUUAGAAGUCAAAGAAGGGAUUAUCGGGAAAUAUUUAAAACACAUACAAAUGUGCCUAACAAAAUGUGAAACAUUUUAUGAAUUCAUGUGUAUUAAGUUGCUAGCUUAAUAUUGUUCUUUAUGGCUGUAUGCAUUUGAUCAAAUAUAUACUGUAUGUGCAUUUAAUAUUCAAUUAAUCAUGCACAUUUGUACAUAAAUUAACAUGUCAUAUAGUCAUGAAUAACUAGUCAAUUUAGUCAUCACUACAUAAAAUAUGCACCAUUCUCAUUCUUCUUGGAUGAAGGGUAGCAAACAGAUCAAUGAUCUGUUCAUAAUCCAGAGAAAUUGCCUUAUGUGCAUGCAUUAGGGUCAAACCAUUUAGUCUUUCCUGGCCUGUAGUGUUCCUUAAAUAGUUCUUAAGAAGUCUGAGAGAUGAAAUUGACCUUUCACAGCUACAGGAGGUGACAGGAAUAGUUGCCAAUAUCUUUAAUACAGUAAAAAUAUUUGGAAAAGCUACAGGGUCUACAGAUAUUAGUGUUUUGGAUACCCUGUCAGGAAGUUUGUCUAUACCAACUUCCUCAACCUUAUCUUUCCAUCUUCUUUGCCAUAAAGUUAAUUCGGCAGGCAAACCAAUGACAUUUGGGAUGUCACUAGAAUAAUGUUGGCAAAAUAGUGUAACAGAAUUUUUCCAUGUGGAUGGGUUUGCCAACAUAACAGUGGGAACUAUAGAAAACCCACUGUAACAUGUAUAGGCUUCAGGAGGGAACCUAGUUUCAAGUUGAUUUAAAGCAUGAUCAAGAAAAACAACAGAAAGAUUAACUCUAUAAUGCCCUUCAAUAGAAUCUGAUGGAUUAUUAUUUCUAUGUGCUUGCACUGGAAUAAUUCUAGGCUUACAGGGGUCAAGCCCAAUUGUAGCUGCAAGUUCCACUGCCUCCUGAUAGAGUUUAUGGUGUUCUCUAUCAAUGUUGGACCUCAAGUCUUGAAGAUUUUUCUUCAAAGAUGAAAUUUCUGAAUGAGCCUUCAAAAGGUCCAUUUCUUUUCUUUGCAGCUUUACAGUGCAGGUCUAGUUAAGUCUAAUACAUAUCUAACUAUGACCAAAGUAACAACAAAUUGAAAAGUUAUAGAGGGCAGCAUCUUUUUAGCAGCUGCUUUGCUAUUUUGAUUCCAAUCACCAGAAUCAGAUUCUUCGUCCCCCCCUUUCCUAUUGUGUGCAAUAUCUUCUAUCGUACAUACAACUGGGAGAAGGAGCUCAACAAUUCUAUCCAAGCCAUCAAGGCGAGCAAUCCACCUGGUCUCACAAACAUUAAUUAAAACUUCAUGCUUGGAAGCAGGCAAUAAAGACUUAACCUUCUCUUUUAAAUGCUGUUGCUGUUUAGGAGAGCCAGAGAAGAAAGAGAAAAGACUCCUUACAACAGACAUCAUGUCUUUAACUAAAUAUUCAGAGCAAGUAUCGGCAACACAGAGAUUGAGGCGGUGGUUCAUGCAAUGAACAUAAAAAGCUUUGCUAAACUGACCUUGGAUAAGUGACGAAACACCAUUGUACUUUCCUGCCAUAUCGCCAGCACCAUCAUAGGAUUGACCUCUGCAGUUAGCCAUUGGUAAACCAAGGUCAGCUACAGCCUUCAGAAUCAUCUCUUUCAAUGCCACUCCACUGGUUCCAUAUUCACAAUGGUAGAAACCAACAAACUCCUCUCGAAUCUGCUGACUUGAAUCGACAAAUCGUAGGACUAAGGAAAGCUGCUGUUUGUUGGAUAUAUCAGCUGCCUCGUCUGCCAACACUGAAAACAGCUUACUUUCUUUAAUUUCUGCAGAUAUUUUUGAAGUAAUGUAACUGCCAACAGUGUUAAUAAUCUCGUUCUGGAUUGUUUUUGAACGGUAGGUAGCAUUUCGAGGGGCAUUCUCAAAGUGUUCUUGCAGCGUCUUGUCUCCACUAUCAACACGAAAAGCCAACAAAGCAUGGAAAUUGCCCUGAAGAGUUUCGUCGUCAGGAUUGUCAUCUCUUGCACCACGUAAAGCCACUGCAUUCUGACCACAAAACACUACUGUCUUAAUAAUAGACCUCAUCUUUUCACGAUUCUGUUGGAUCUGCCGAAAAGUAAUCUGGUUUAACUGCUUGUCAAUCGCCACAGUGCGUCUCGUCAUCACAUCCAUGAAGUUUGCCAUGGCCACCACAGAGAAGCUGUGUGUUUCACACUUGCCGGAUGAGUGAUUUUGGAGUCGCCUUACAGCCGUUGUCCAGAAAGUAAGCGGCGAUCGGAAAAGCUUCUGUAGCCUCGCUGCGUUUUUGCCAUAUUGUAUUCCAAAACAACGGCAUAGAAGACAGAAGACGCCAUCGAGAUACUUUGAAUACACAAGCCAUGUGAAUCGAACUAACCACUCGUGUCUACACUUUCGUAGCUUUCCUGCGGCUUCAGCCGAUGCAGGAAAACUAUAAUUCAAAGAAGGCUUCCAAACAUUGUUGAUGAAGCGAAACUUCUCUGCCGGAGAAGCCUUGGAAAUUGUAGAAUAAACGAACCCUAUGUCAAAAGGAGAACAAUCUUCCUUUGGAUCUAAAGGUUCGCCACGAGGUAUAGCGAAAGUUGCCAUAUUAGCAUUUCACGCAAACACUGCAAAGCACCACGGAAUGUUCGGUCGUAUUUAUAACUCUGACUUUUGACUAGUGCCUGAGUAGUUUCCGUGGAUUUAAUUAACAGCCUCUAGCCAAUGACAGCACGUCUUGACUAGUGCACAAAUAAUUUGAUCUGCAGUUGGCCAAUGAUAUGUGAUCUUAACUAGUUUCCGUGGAAAAUUUCCACGCAAAUUGAACUGGUGCACACACGCAAAGGCACUAAAUUCCACGCAUUUCGUUGCAUCGCUGAUUUGUAUAGAUCACUGGAUUGCACAGGCAUUUUAACCCGGAUUUGCGUUUCCUAGGGUCCCUCUUCCGGUGAAAAAUACCGUAUAUAAACAAAAAUGGCUGAUUUCGCCAAAUUAUUAUAUAAAAAAAAUAUGGUCAAAAUUACUGAAAAUUUUAUUAACGAUUUGUUAAUUACUUGAAGAAAAACACAUAAAUUCACAAGUUUGGAAAAAUUUGACUAGUUUCCGGAAACUAGUGGCACUAGUUUGGAUCCACCCCUGUAUAUAUAUAUAUAUAUAUAUAUAUAUAUAUAUAUAUAUAUAUAUAUAUAUAUAUAUAUAUAUAUAUAUAUAUAUAUAUAUAUAUAUAUAUAUAUUUAUAAUAUAGUCAUCCACCGUAUAUGAGCUGUUCUGCAAUCUGAUUGGUUGAAUUACUCGCCGUAUAUCAGCUCAUAUACGACGAGUAGCGAAAAACAAGAUGGCGGUCCAAAAACUACAUGAGUUUUGCGAAGCAGAAAAAGGAAAAUAUUCGCUUUGAAAAACAUAAUAGUACAAGGAAAAACUCUCAAAAAAAAUUUGACAGGUUAGCAAAAUACAUUUAUUACGUAGAAAUUAGUUUAAAUACAAGUUUUUUAAAGAAUUAAUACCGAAACAACAGCGAAAAAACAUGUUCAUUGAGAAUAUAAAUUGUUCAGAAAAGUUUGCAACGAAAGACAAAUCAUGAAUUUGCAGUCAACAAGCACUUACUAUACUACCAAACAUCUGUAUAAUAUAUCUGAGCUUUCCUGUGAGAUAUAGAGGUUCUAAAACCAUUUCUUCCACUUCGUCUUCGAGUUGUAAAACAAAAGUAUUCCAAAUUUUCAAGCGGUUUUUGGCCGAACAAAUUGUCAACACAUUGUAACAGUGAAUAAUUAAUUACUGCUUCAGUUAAUGGCUAUAUUAGACUAUAUUAUAAAACAAUUAUACCAUUCGCUCUCGUCGUAUAUGGCUGAUAGCCGACUCGGUGCUACGCACCUCGUCGGCUAUCAGCUCAUAUACGACUCGAGCUCAUGGCAUAAUUGUUAAAUAUAUAUAUAUAUAUAUAUAUAUAUAUAUAUAUAUAUAUAUAUAUAUAUAUAUAUAUAUAUAUAUAUAUAUAUAUAUAUAUAUAUAUAUAUAUAUAUAUAUAUAUAUAUAUAUAUAUAUAUAUAUAUAUAUAUAUAUAUACAUAUAUAUAUAUUAUUAUUAUAUUAUUAUAUAUAUAUAUAUAUAUUAUUAUAUUAUAUAUAUAUAUAUUAUUAUAUAUAUAUAUUAUUAUAUAUAUAUAUUAUUAUAUUAUUAUAUAUUAUAUUAUAUUAUAUUAUAUUAUAUAUAUAUUAUAUAUAUAUUAUACAUAUAUUAUAUAUAUAUAUAUUAUAUAUAUUAUAUAUAUAAUAUAUAUAUAAUAUAUAUAUAAUAUAUAUAUAAUAUAUAUAAUAUACAUACAUAAUACAUACAUAUGUAUAUGUACAUAUACGUACAUAUAUAUGUACAUAUAUACGUACAUAUAUAUGUACAUAUAUAUAUAUAUAUAUAUAUAUAUAUAUAUAUAUAUAUAUAUAUAUAUAUAUAUAUAUAUAUAUAUAUAUAUAUAUAUAUAUAUAUAUAUAUAUAGAAUUGUUUUAUUACCGCAACCCUUGACUGUUGUUUUGUUUUUCAUUUGCCCAACCUUUUACUCACUCAAAAUUUUGUUUCUCCAACCCUUUUCUCUUUGGUGCCAACCCCCCCCCUCCCACAGCACACCGAUAGAGUUUUGGGGGUCACUCGGUUAAUAUGGCGACCAUCGACUUCAUUUAUACUCAUGUAGCUACAGUAUCUAAUCCUAGUUUUCAGAAAACCAAAUAGUACGAAUCAAACAUUUCGCUUCAUUUGUAGACCUCCCCGCCAUUCAAAACUGGGGCUCUUCUUGAGGAAAAUUUACAAUCCCGAGAAAAGUAAGUGUUGCGGACCGAACCCCGUACGUAGAGCGAGGGUGAAAGGCACGUGCGAUAACCAACAUAGCCUAUAUGUCAUCAAACUAUAACUGUAUUCAUUACACUGAUUAAUGGUUAUUUUAGUUCUAUUCAGCACAGUUCAACAACAUGACAACCAAGUUCCAAAUUUUUCCCUUUUUUGUACAGAUUUUAAGUUCUCGACACAAACACUUUCCGUGGUCAUGAUGUGCUCUGUUUUACUUUUCGCGGUGAGUCAUACAAUUUUUAAAUCGAUUUUUUUUUAACUUUAUAGAAUAAAAAGUAUCCAUAUGGCAAACAAACAAACUAGUGAAUUAAUAAGACAAACAAACUAGUAAAUUUAGCUUACAAGGAAGUCAUCUAAAAUUCAAGUGAACUAUUUCAAAAAUGGGAAAAAACGGGAAAUUCGCCACAUAAACCUUUUACUUAACUCAUGGCUGUGUAUUUUGUCGAUAUAGAUAUGCCAUCCAGCCUAUAUAGGGCAAAUUUCCCGCCUAGCUGGGAUGUUUGUCUAAACGAAUGAUUCUUCUCUAUGUAAAUCAGUCUUAUUUUUCCUUGUAGAUGUCGUUAGUGUUCGUGUAUCUGGGAAUUACGUGGCUGCACAAACUUGAUAACUCUAGAUUGCCAGGCAAUAUUGCACCUGGUGUGUUUGGUUAGUUUAUACUUCAUAUUUCAUUACAUUUUCUUUAAAGAGUAAAGGACAUCGGCAGCAAAAUUUAUGUUUAUCUACAAUCUUGGCCAUAAAUUAACCGUAGAACGAUGAUAAAUUUUUGUGCAUUUUCAAGGCCUCCCCCCUCCCCCCAUUCAAUGUUGACGUUUCGUUUAUAUAUUUAUGGUUUAACAUAUUGUACGUGCAGACAAAAUAUUACGUGUAGUAGAAACCCAAGUAUACUAAAAAGUUGCGAAUUUGUUUAGUCGUUCUACGCACUUUUGGCCAAGAGUGUAGUUGAUAUGCAAAAUUUUUGUUUCUUUAUAUAGUUGAAAACAACUUUUAAAACUGCAGUUUACUUUUCGUUUCCGAGCACGAUAAGUUAGGAUCGAGUUUUUCUUACUUUUAGAAAAUUACUUUUGAUUAUACGUUUUUUGUGUACAUCUACACAGGGUGUAUAAAAGAAAAGGUAAUCGAAUUUUGACAUGUUAUCGUGAAUUAUACAGCCAAUUCAAAAAAUAGGUACGCUAGGCGUACAUGUAUCUGCGCAAAGGAAUUCCAUGGUUGCUAUGAAAAAAACAUUUCCAGCAGCCGGCUCAGUAUUUAGUAAACUGCAGCCUGCUAUUUAGUAAACUGCUGGUAUAGUGACUAAGAAAAAAAUGCUAAGUGAGACAAAACACAACCCGCGUUUCACUUUUCGCAUGCAGCGUCUAUAUAUACCGUAUACGCUAAUUAUCCGACCUUCGUACAACCGGCCCCAGGCUUUUAGCUGUCGAAUGGUACCUUUUUUGUAUUAUUGCAAUCAAAUAGCCAGACACGAUACGAUUUAAAAAUGCCGCUGGAAAUCGCAUUUUUCCACCGUUUGGAAUUGCAUGUAAAGCUGUUGUCCGAGUAUUGAAAUUACUCUCAUUUGAGAUUCAAAUUUAAGUUGUAAGAAUCAAGAUGGCGCAACGCUUGCAUGUAAGCAUCGAGUUUUGGUAAAUGUCUACUCGAAAUUUUGCGUUAAAACAUUUUACAACACUGAAAGCUUGAAGAAUGGACUCCCAAUGCCAAAAGGGCAACAAGCAUGGUCAUGUGGGAAGUGAUUAGCAUAAGCUAUCAAUGGAAAUAUUGAAAGCUGGCGGACCAUUAUUAGCCAAUGUCCGAGGAACUCACACUUUAGCGGACAUUUGUCAGACCCAAGCAAAAUUGCUAUAAUCCACACUGGUUGUUAGUAAAUGCAUUUACAAAACGCAACAUAUAUUACUCAAUGUUUCCCGGGCAUAUAGAUUUUAUAACGUUUUCUCGUUUAGGUACGUUGAUCGCUGCUGCUAUUUUUGCUGCCAUAGUGUGUGUUAUCUCUCUUAUACGUUUCCUGGAAAAUCAUAAGUAUGUUUAA